GGGCACUGACGUCACUUCCGUUUGGGUCUGGAUGCUGAGAGUUGGGGUAAGGCAGGGCAGACAUGGGGCAGGAGCUGUGAGCCUGGAGGGGGCGGCCCUGGGCCGGGAGCUGCUACCACUGGGGGCCCAGGUAAGAAAUAAACACACUGACUGUCUACACAAAUAUAUAAACCAUGCAGUGGGAGCCCUAACCUAACCUAGCCUGGCACAGCAUCCAUGGUAUAUAGUAUAGGCUGGCACAGCAUCCAUGGUAUAUAGUAUCCAUGGUAUAUAGUAUAGCCUGGCACAGCAUCCAUGGUAUAUAGUAUCCAUGGUAUAUAGUAUAGCCUGGCACAGUAUCCAUGGUAUAUAGUAUAGGCUGGCAUGGUAUCCAUGGUAUAUAGUAUAGCCUGGCACAGUAUCCAUGGUAUAUAGUAUAGGCUGGCACAGCAUCCAUGGUAUAUAGUAUAGGCUGGCACAGCAUCCAUGGUAUAUAGUAUCCAUGGUAUAUAGUAUAGGCUGGCACAGCAUCCAUGGUAUAUAGUAUAGGCUGGCACAGCAUCCAUGGUAUAUAGUAUAGGCUGGUACAGUAUCCAUGGUAUAUAGUAUAGGCUGGUACAGUAUCCAUGGUAUAUAGAAUAGGCUGGCACAGUAUCCAUGGUAUAUAGAAUAGGCUGGCACAGUAUCCAUGGUAUAUAGUAUAGACUGGCAUGGUAUCCAUGGUAUAUAGUAUAGGCUGGCACAGCAUCCAUUGUAUAUAGUAUAGGCUGGCACAGCAUCCAUGGUAUAUAGUAUAGGCUGGCACAGCAUCCAUGGUAUAUAGAAUAGGCUGGCACAGUAUCCAUGGUAUAUAGAAUAGGCUGGCACAGUAUCCAUGGUAUAUAGUAUAGACUGGCAUGGUAUCCAUGGUAUAUAGUAUAGGCUGGCACAGCAUCCAUGGUAUAUAGUAUCCAUGGUAUAUAGUAUAGGCUGGCACAGCAUCCAUGGUAUAUAGUAUGGGCUGGCAUGGUAUCCAUGGUAUAUAGUAUAGCCUGGCACAGCAUCCAUGGUAUAUAGUAUAGGCUGGCACAGUAUCCAUGGUAUAUAGUAUAGGCUGGCACAGUAUCCAUGGUAUAUAGUAUAGGCUGGCACAGCAUCCAUGGUAUAUAGUAUAGCCUGGCACAGUAUCCAUGGUAUAUAGUAUAGGCUGGCACAGUAUCCAUGGUAUAUAGUAUAGGUUGGCACAGUAUCCAUGGUAUAUAGUAUAGGCUGGCACAGCAUCCAUGGUAUAUAGUAUAGGCUGGCAUAGUAUCCAUGGUAUAUAGUAUAGGCUGGCAUAGUAUCCAUGGUAUAUAGUAUAGGCUGGCACAGUAUCCAUGGUAUAUAGAAUAGGCUGGCACAGUAUCCAUGGUAUAUAGUAUAGGCUGGCACAGUAUCCAUGGUAUAUAGUAUAGGCUGGCACAGUAUCCAUGGUAUAUAGUAUGGGAUGGCAUAAUAUCCAUGGUAUAUAGUAUAGGCUGGCACAGUAUCCAUGGUAUAUAGUAUCCAUGGUAUAUAGUAUAGGCUGGCACAGUAUCCAUGGUAUAUAGUAUAGGCUGGCACAGUAUCCAUGGUAUAUAGUAUGGGCUGGCACAGUAUCCAUGGUAUAUAGUAUGGGCUGGCACAGUAUCCAUGGUAUAUAGUAUAGACUGGCACAGUAUGCAUGGUAUAUAGUAUAGACUGGCACAGUAUCCAUGGUAUAUAGUAUGGGCUGGCACAGUAUCCAUGGUACAUAGUAUAGGCUGGCACAGUAUCCAUGGUAUAUACUAUAGGCUGGCACAGUAUCCAUGGUAUAUCGUAUGGGCUGGCACAGCAUCCAUGGUAUAUAGAAUAGGCUGGCACAGUAUCCAUGGUAUAUAGAAUAGGCUGCCAUAGUAUCCAUGGUAUAUAGUAUAGGCUGGCAUGGUGUCCAUGGUAUAUAGUAUAGGCUGGCACAAUAUCCAUGGUAUAUAGUAUAGGCUGCCACAAUAUCCAUGGUAUAUAGUAUAGCCUGGCACAGCAUCCAUGGUAUAUAGAAUAGGCUGGCACAGUAUCCAUGGUAUAUAGUAUAGACUGGCACAGUAUCCAUGGUAUAUAGAAUAGGCUGGCACAGUAUCCAUGGUAUAUAGUAUCCAUGGUAUAUAGUAUAGGCUGGCACAGUAUCCAUGGUAUAUAGUAUAGACUGGCACAGUAUCCAUGGUAUAUAGAAUAGGCUGGCACAGUAUCCAUGGUAUAUAGUAUCCAUGGUAUAUAGAAUAGGCUGGCACAGUAUCCAUGGUAUAUAGUAUCCAUGGUAUAUAGUAUAGGCUGGCACAGUAUCCAUGGUAUAUAGUAUAGCCUGGCACAGUAUCCAUGGUAUAUAGAAUAGACUGGCAUAGUAUUCAUGGUAUAUAGUAUAGGCUGGCACAGUAUCCAUGGUAUAUAGUAUGGGCUGGCACAGUAUCCAUGGUAUAUAGUAUCCAUGGUAUAUAGUAUAGGCUGGCAUAGUAUCCAUGGUAUAUAGUAUAGACUGGCACAGUAUCCAUGGUAUAUAGUAUCCAUGGUAUAUAGUUUAGGCUGGCAUAGUAUCCAUGGUAUAUAGUAUAGGUUGGCAUAGUAUCCAUGGUAUAUAGAAUAGACUGGCACAGUAUCCAUGGUAUAUAGUAUAGGCUGGCACAGUAUCCAUGGUAUAUAGUAUGGGAUGGCAUAGUAUCCAUGGUAUAUAGUAUAGGCUGGCACAGUAUCCAUGGUAUAUAGUAUCCAUGGUAUAUAGUAUAGGCUGGCACAGUAUCCAUGGUAUAUAGUAUAGGUUGGCAUAGUAUCCAUGGUAUAUAGUAUAGGUUGGCAUAGUAUCCAUGGUAUAUAGUAUAGGUUGGCAUAGUAUCCAUGGUAUAUAGUAUAGGCUGGCACGGUAUCCAUGGUAUAUAGUAUAUACUGGCACAGUAUCCAUGAUAUAUAGUAUAGGUUGGCAUAGUAUUCAUGGUAUAUAGUAUAGCCUGGCACAGUAUCCAUGGUAUAUAGUAUAGGCUGGCAUAGUAUCCAUGGUAUAUAGUAUAGGCUGGCACGGUAUCCAUGGUAUAUAGUAUAGGCUGGCAUGGUAUCCAUGGUAUAUAGUAUAGGUUGGCAUAGUAUCCAUGGUAUAUAGUAUAGGCUGGCACAGUAUCCAUGGUAUAUAGUAUCCAUGGUAUAUAGUAUAGGCUGGCACAGUAUCCAUGGUAUAUAGUAUAGCCUGGCACAGUAUCCAUGGUAUAUAGAAUAGACUGGCACAGUAUCCAUGGUAUAUAGAAUAGACUGGCAUAGUAUUCAUGGUAUAUAGUAUAGGCUGGCACAGUAUCCAUGGUAUAUAGUAUGGGCUGGCACAGUAUCCAUGGUAUAUAGUAUCCAUGGUAUAUAGUAUAGGCUGGCAUAGUAUCCAUGGUAUAUAGUAUAGACUGGCACAGUAUCCAUGGUAUAUAGUAUCCAUGGUAUAUAGUUUAGGCUGGCAUAGUAUCCAUGGUAUAUAGUAUAGGUUGGCACAGUAUCCAUGGUAUAUAGUAUAGGUUGGCAUAGUAUCCAUGGUAUAUAGAAUAGACUGGCACAGUAUCCAUGGUAUAUAGUAUAGGCUGGCACAGUAUCCAUGGUAUAUAGUAUCCAUGGUAUAUAGUAUAGGCUGGCACAGUAUCCAUGGUAUAUAGUAUAGGUUGGCAUAGUAUCCAUGGUAUAUAGUAUAGGUUGGCAUAGUAUCCAUGGUAUAUAGUAUAGGCUGGCACGGUAUCCAUGGUAUAUAGUAUAUACUGGCACAGUAUCCAUGGUAUAUAGUAUAGGUUGGCAUAGUAUUCAUGGUAUAUAGUAUAGCCUGGCACAGUAUCCAUGGUAUAUAGUAUAGGCUGGCAUAGUAUCCAUGGUAUAUAGUAUAGGCUGGCACGGUAUCCAUGGUAUAUAGUAUAGGCUGGCAUGGUAUCCAUGGUAUAUAGUAUAGGUUGGCAUAGUAUCCAUGGUAUAUAGUAUAGGCUGGCACAGUAUCCAUGGUAUAUAGUAUAGCCUGGCAUAGUAUCCAUGGUAUAUAGUAUAGCCUGGCAUAGUAUCCAUGGUAUAUAGUAUAGCUUGGCACAUUAUCCAUGGUAUAUAGUAUAGGCUGACACAGUAUCCAUGGUAUAUAGUAUAGGCUGGCAUGGUAUCCAUGGCAUAUAGUAUAGACUGGCAUGGUAUCCAUGGUAUAUAGUAUAGGUUGGCAUAGUAUCCAUGGUAUAUAGUAUAGACUGGCACAGUAUCCAUGGUAUAUAGUAUAGGAUGGCAUAAUAUCCAUGGUAUAUAGUAUAGGAUGGCAUAGUAUCCAUGGUAUAUAGUAUAGGCUGGCACAGUAUCCAUGGUAUAUAGUAUCCAUGGUAUAUAGUAUAGGCUGGCACAGUAUCCAUGGUAUAUAGUAUAGGCUGGCAUAGUAUCCAUGGUAUAUAGUAUGGGAUGGCAUAGUAUCCAUGGUAUAUAGUAUAGGCUGGCACAGUAUCCAUGGUAUAUAGUGUAUGCUGGCACAGUACCCAUGGUAUAUAGUAUAGGCUGGCACAGUAUCCAUGGUAUAUAGUAUAGGCUGGCAUUGUAUCCAUGGUAUAUAGUAUAGGCUGGCACAGUAUCCAUGGUGUAUAAUAUAGGCUGGCAUAGUAUCCAUGGUAUAUAGUAUAGACUGGCACAGUAUCCAUGGUAUAUAGUAUCCAUGGUAUAUAGUAUAGGCUGGCACAGUAUCCAUGGUAUAUAAUGUAUGCUGGCACAGUACCCAUGGUAUAUAGUAUAGGCUGGCACAGUAUCCAUGGUAUAUAGUAUAGGCUGGCACAGUAUCCAUGGUAUAUAGUAUAGGCUGGCAUUGUAUCCAUGGUAUAUAGUAUAGGCUGGCACAGUAUCCAUGGUAUAUAGUAUAGGCUCGCACAGUAUCCAUGGUAUAUAGUAUAGGCUGGCAUAGUAUCCAUGGUAUAUAGUAUAGGUUGGCACAGUAUCCAUGGUAUAUAGUAUAGGUUGGCACAGUAUCCAUGGUAUAUAGUAUAGGCUGCCAUAGUAUCCAUGGUAUAUAGUAAAGGCUGCCAUAGUAUCCAUGGUAUAUAUUAUAGGCAGGCAUUGUAUGUGUUCUAGGCAGGCAUUGCAUCCAUGUUUUGUGUAAUAGGUUGGCAUGGUAUAUGUUAUGGGCUGGCAUAGUAUCCAUAUCCUGUAUUAUAAUCUGACAUAGUAUCCAUUGUAUGUGUUAUAGGCUGGCAUUGUAUGCAUGGUAUUUAAUUGUAAAUCCUAAUUAUUAACCUACAUAGAGAAAUCUCCUUACCUAGGCAGGAAUAGGAUUUAUGAUUUGAGGCAUUUCAUUGUUUAUUUUAGGCUGGCACAAUAUGUGUGACAUCUCAUGGUAUAUAUUAACCAUAACCCACCAAGAGGAAUCCCCUAACCUAUGCUGGCUUAGUAUUAAUGUGAUUUAAUUGUGAAUAUUAAUGUUUAACCCACAGAGAGACAUGCCCGUUUCAUGGUAUGAAUUCAUCACUAACUAGUGGGCAAGCCCCUGAAUCUGCCAGACUAGGCUGGCAUAGUACCAAGUUAUUCAUGGUGUAACAAUAUAUUGAUUACUUCACGGUGGUGCAAUUUAAAUCUUCCAAACUCGAUAAGCAUUAUAUCCAAGCCAUUUGUAUUGUAUGUUUUAAUUUGAGAUUAUAAUUUGAGGCAGUAGAGAAUUUUUAUUUUAUUUAUGCAAUAUACCAUGUAUACAGGGGAUGCUGCAUAUUGUAUUGACACAGUCUGCAUAUAAACAGAGGAACUAGCUUGAACUGUGUGUCAUUUUUCAUGCUUUGUGGGGAGUCAACUAUAUUCAUCUUUCACAAGCUACAUGCUAAUAUGGAGAGGUUAAAUGUGCUGUAUGCAGGGGUUAAGUGUAUUCAUUGUUCGCAAAUUACAUUUUGACAUGAAUCAAUGAAGCAGCAAUGAUUACUUUAUCAUUACUGUACUAAGAUACUCUAAUUACCCAGGCUGUAUGUUUAUAGAGGACGUUAAUUGGAUUGUAUGUAUUUAUAUUAAAGGAACACUAUAGUCACCUAAAUUACUUUAGCUAAAUAAAGCAGUUUUAGUGUAUAGAUCAUUCCCCUGCAAUUUCACUGCUCAAUUCUCUGUCAUUUAGGAGUUAAAUUACUUUGUUUCUGUUUAUGCAGCCCUAGCCACACCUCCCCUUGCUAUGAUUGACAGAGCCUGCAUGAAAAAAAAAACUGGUUUCACUUUCAAACAGAUGUAAUUUACCUUAAAUAAUUGUAUCUCAAUCUCUAAAUUGAACUUUAAUCACAUACAGGAGGCUCUUGCAGGGUCUAGCAAGCUAUUAACAUAGCAGGGGAUAAGAAAAUCUUAAUUAAACAGAACUUGCAAUAAAGAAAGCCUAAAUAGGGCUCUCUUUACAGGAAGUGUUUAUGGAAGGCUGUGCAAGUCACAUGCAGGGAGGUGUGACUAGGGUUCAUAAACAAAGGGAUUUAACUCCUAAAUGGCAGAGGAUUGAGCAGUGAGGCUGCAGGGGCAUGUUCUAUACACCAAAACAGCUUCAUUAAGCUAAAGUUGUUCAGGUGACUAUAGUGUCCCUUUAAUCUGUAUUGAAUGCACAUGCUGUAUACAGAGGAGUUAAAGUAUAUUCUGUUUUCACAGAAUCUAUUUUAAAACAUAUUGUUGAAGUAUGUCUGUUGGUGUUUUAUAAAGAAGGAAGUAGCUCAGAUUAUUUUACACACCUACAGGGUAAAUUAGAAUGUAAACAUAAAUAGAGUGGAUUUAUGUAGAUUGUGUACUUUUUAUAUUAUUACUUAGGGUUAAUUUUAACAAGAAGUAUCUUAAAUUGUAUGUGUAUUUAUAUUGCAAUCUUUAGAUAAAAGGUAAAGUAUAUUCUAAAUACAGAGUCUGCAUAUAAACAAAGGAUGCAACUGAAUUGUAUUUACAUUGCAAAACACUUGCUGUGGGGUUAAAUUAUAUUAACAAAGGCUGUUGAGAGAGGAAGUAACUGUGUGUGUGCAUUUUACACUAUCAGUUAUAUAUCAUUAGUUAAAUAUCAUAAAAUCCUCCCAUAGCUAGUAAAAUUGCUGAAAUACAACGAUGCUGUUAAGAACCUAUACUUUCUCCUCUGUACAAUUUAUAAAUAUGAGAGAUUAAUGUGUCAGGGGAAUAUAAAAGCUUACUAUUGAAAAGGUGGUUAAUUAGUUAUUAUAUAGGGAAAAGUAGACACGAGAUUGGUGUAGCAAAAAUAGAAUUUUUAUUUUUACCUUCUUAGUGCCUAAUACAGGGAUAAAUUCCUAAAUUAUAUACUAUACCCAGUAUACCACAUUAGUUCAACAGUAUAUAAAAUGUAACUUACAGGAGCAGUCUAGACUCAAUAGCAAUUUAAAUGCAGCAGUGGUUAUGGUGUCAGGAGAUCCCUGGCCUACUCUCAUUAUUUACAAUUGUUUGACACUCCCUCGGCGCCUGCUGUCCUUCGAUUCUUCUGUGAUAUCACUAAAAUGGAAGUCCCCUAUCAUACUUUAGCAAAAUCAUGUUUGUUCAGCUGUAGACAUAAUUAAUUUGUGUGGUGUAGUGAUUAUGGUGCUUAGUUUCUCUUUUAAAUGAGCUGAGACUUACAAAAUAAAAGUGUUAUGCAAAUCAAGUUAAUUAAUGUAGAUUGGAAACCGGUUUAAUCAUGUUUGGCUUUAUUUGGAAUGCAACUUGAUCUCCGUAUUCUUUUAAGUGCAUUGUUUUGUUCCAGCUUUUAAGUCCCACUUUCUUUGGGCAGGUAAAGCUAUUUGGUCUGCUUAUAGUAAAACUAUGAUGUUGAGAUGACAAACUCCAUAUAUAAAGACAUUAUUGCAAAUGUUAACUGAUUUAACUGCCUGAUCUACCAGUGAUCUGUUCCAUCUAGAGUGUACUUAUUGCAUCUACUGAUAAAUCUCUGUUUCCUUUUGAUAGCCCGCAGUAUCUAGGAGGAGGGGUCCAUUAUGCGUGCCUCGGUCAAGUACAAUAUAAGGGGUCCUGCCUUAAUCCCCAGAAUGAAGUCCAAACAUCGGGUUUACUACAUUGCUCUCUUCUCUGUGGUCCUUUUGGGGCUCAUUGCCACGGGGAUGUUUCAGUUUUGGCCUCACACCAUUGAACCAUCUGGGGACUGGAGUCCUGAAAAGCGCAGCGUUCAUGAUGUCCCAGCAGAAAGGCUUCUAGAAAACAGUCCAUUGCCAGAGAGGGGGGACCUUAGCUGUAGAAUGCACACCUGCUUUGACGUGUACCGCUGUGGCUUCAACCCCAAGAACAAAGUGAAGGUGUACAUCUACCCUCUGAAGAAAUAUAUUGACGAUUCAGGGGCAUCUGUGAGUGGCGCAAUAUCCCGCGAGUACAUCCAGCUGCUAAAUGCUGUUUCUCAGAGUGAUUUUUACACAGAGGACGUAAACCGAGCUUGUCUCUUCUUACCCUCUCUUGAUGUCUUAAAUCAGAAUACUUUGCGGAUCAAAGAGACUGCACAAGCUUUAGCACAGCUUCCAAGGUAAGAAAUCAUAACAAAAAAUGAAUAUUGUGUUAUAUUACUGGCAAAGGAUGCAGUUAUGAAAGUAAAUGGGCAUUAUUUUAUGUGUAAUCUAGAUAAAAUUGUAUUUAAAGAGGAACCGUCCCUUCCCAGAAUUUUUAAUAUUAUGUUUACCUAUCACAUAUAUUUAGCAAAUAUUUAUUUUGCAAUGUCUAAAAAUUAAGUUAAACCGCUGUAUUUAGCUCUAUCCUGGAGGUCCUCAAUCUUGGCCCCCUGUCAAUUAUAGUCAUAAAUUCUGAUUAUUUCUGCCAUUUUGAAUAUAGUGGAAGAGGAGAAACCAAGAGGCUGUCUUUGCUCCUCACCUCAUUUGCUGUGCCUUGAAUGAACUGGAUUGUGACGUCAGUUGCUGUAUAUUUGAGAUACAUUUCAAAGGGAAAAAAAGAUGAUCUGAGUUCUAGGGGGUUUUCAAUGUUUUAUUUAGUGGUUGUGCACUUCCACCAUUUUAAGUGUAAACACCAUGUGGUUAACUCAGUAAGCUAAGAAUUGUAGAGGAUUAGCAAAGAAAUUUCAGAUUUUCUGUUGUAGUUGGAUAAUUUUUCAAAUCCUUGUAUAUUGGUCCAGAUAUUACAAUCCCAACAUCAGUUAUUCCACAGUUUGAGACUAGAUGAAGAAGCACUGUGUCCUUACAAUGUAUACAUCCUGGAAACCAAAGACAAAUUUGAAAUUCAUAUCCUUGAGAUUCUUAAUGUUUCAAACAGAUGGGGAAAAAAAACAAACCGAUCUUUGACAUUUAACCCCUUAAGGACCAAACCUCUGGAAUAAAAGGGAAUCAUGACAUGUCACACAUGUCAUGUGUCCUUAAGGGGUUAAAGGAACAUUUCAGGCACCAUAGCAACAUCUCAUUUAAGUUGUUAUGGUGCCAGAAGGUCAUGGGCACUGUCUUGCCUUUAGGUAUGUAACUUGCUCACGCAAUUUUGUGUUUGGACAGAGCGAAUGGAUGCUGUCUUUACAACUUUGUGGUUAAACUGUCUGUAAAUUAUUUAAAGGCACACUAUAGGCACCCAGACCACUUCAGUUCACUGUCCCUAUUGCACUUACUGCUGCAAUGUAAAACAUUGCCAUUCCAGAGAAACUUCAAUGUUUACAUUGCAGCGCUAAGUCUGCCUCCAGUGACUGUCUACCAGACAGCCACUGGAGGCGCUUCCUGGCUGCUAACGGACUUUUGGUCCAGUAACUGAUGCUGGACAUCCUAAUGCUCAAUGCUUUCCUAUGGAGAGGCCUAAUGCUGCGCGGGACUUCGGAGGUGGUGGAGGCACAACCCAUUGCUGAGAGACAUCGACGCUGGGAUAAGGUAAGUAAAUAAAGGAUAUUUAACCCUUUAUUCACGUUGGUGGGGGAGUGCGAGGGAGGCGGGAGGCAUAGGAACUUAUAGUACCAGUAAUACAGCUUUGUAUUCCUGGGAUUUAUAGUAUUCCUUUUACCGCUUAUUGUAAGAUUGCACCAUAACAACUUCAGCUUCUUUGUAUUGCAGUGAAAUGCUCAGCUAAAAUGGGAGCCUCCCUGUCUGGUUGCUUUUCAAAGUUGGGAAAACUGUGUAAACAUUUGGGAUUGAGGUGGUUUUGGAAGUUCAUCUUCUUGUCGUGUUGUCUUUUUACAGGUGGGACCGAGGUACAAAUCACUUACUGUUUAACAUGCUUCCUGGAGGACCCCCGGAUUACAACACAGCUCUGGAUGUUCCCCGUGACAGGUGAGGGUCUAGUUAGCACCAUUCAGCUUUGUGGAGAGACCCAUUACAUUGAUAAUUGAUUACAUAGCAGUAUUCCAGAUAAAUAAUAGAUAAAUAACAGAUCACUGGGUGAUUGACAUCACCUUGGUGUUGACAUCAUCAUCCAGGAAAUGGCUGAAACUGAUGCAAGCAUUAUUUCAGUAAUUUUCUUCAAUCAUUGGAGAAGCCGUGGGAUUUCCUUUAGUUCAUGCGCCAGCAUCUCCUUUGAUUUGCAUUAUAAACCACAACCUAAUGGUUUUUGACAGACCUUUUUCUUAUUAAUUUAUUUUAAAUGUCAGCUGUAUAUUUAAUUGAAGCUUUUUUUUUUUCUCUACACAUUUUUAUCCGUUUCCACCAGGGGUCAGUCCUGCGCCAUUCUAAAGAUUUCAGUUGCUAUGUUUUGAAGCAACUCUGUUAUAAUGUUUAUGAAAUAUUCAUGCGGACUGCGUUGGACUUUCAUUCCAACACAACCUAAAGGUACUAUAAGGCAAAGUAGGUACUGCUUUGACUUAUGGUAUAUCCUGAGCUAGACAAAAGAUCCAGAAGCUAACGAGGGUACCCUGGAAUAAGAUGGGACAACUUCAAAUUAUUGUUAAUAAUAAUAGUAAUAAUAUUAUUGGCAUUUUUAUAGCACUUUACAAUAUUAUAGGGGAUAUUUACCAAUAAAUGAGACAAUUACAAAAACUUACAGGAACAAAAGUAAGUAUACCUAUCUUCCACUGCACCCUGUAGCCACUAGACCAUAAAGGAACACUAUAGUUGCCAGAAGCUUAAUGUAGUUGUUCUGGUGAGUAUAAUCAUUGCCUUCAGUCAUUUUCAUGCAAACUCUGCUUUUUCAGAGAAAAUGCAGUGUUUACAUUGCCCCUAGGGACACCUCAGAGUGGUCACUCCUGGUCACUGGAGGUGCUUCCUGGCUCAGGGCUGCACAGUAGGCGUGUUCCUUUAAACUUCGAUGUCAAAAUCUGCAAACACCCAUUAAUUGAAAUUGGUAGAUCCACUUCAAAGGAACCCUAUGACUUUAAAAAUAAGUAUGGUUUUAACAUUAGAUGUGUCUUUUACUAUGUUUAGAUUGUGCUACCCACCAAAAAAACUGCAAUUAAACUUGCCUGUAAUAUGCAGUCAGACCCACCGGCUGUGAGACAGUCAGGAUCAUCUCCUUCCAAUCUAUUGGGGACGAAGAGCUCAUGCGCAUUUGCAAGUCUGAUGCUAAUUGUCUUUCUGAAAGCCAUUUGUGGUUUGUUUUAGGCAAGAUUUAAUCAGUACUAUUUGAAAUGAAAGAUAAAAAUGGGACAUUAAAAUGUAACUGCUUUGUUUCUUAAUGUCCUUUUUAAUGAAAACUCCAAGCACCAUAACCUCUCAGAGAAUUCCCCAACACCCAAGCCCAGUCCCUCAGCUUGAGCCAAAAGCGCUGUGGUGAUUUGGGGUUCAUGCAGAUUGUCAUUGCAUUCAAUACAUGCUGCCACAGUAUAAACACUUUGGCAGAUAAUGAGGAAGUGAAACUUCCUCUUUGUGAUGUCCCAUGCUGAAGCGGCAUCCUUUAGGUGCUGGGAAAUCUACUGCCCUUUAUUAAAGGAUCACUAUCGGGCCAGGAACACAAACAUGUAUUCCUGACCCUGUAGUGUUAAAACCACCAUCUAGCUCCCCUGGGCCUCUAAUGCCUCCCUAAAUAUGUAUUCAAGCCUGAAGCUGCUGGCUCUGCCCUGUCUGCUUCCGAAAAACAAGCAGUCUGCUGACAUCAUCAGAAGUGGUGGCCUGAUCCAAUCACAAUGCUUCCCCAUAGGAUUGGCCAAGACUGACAAAGAGGCAGAGCCAGCAUGAUUCAAACACAGCCCUGGCCAAUCAGCAUCUCCUCAUAGAGAUGAAUUGAACAGCCAUCUGAGGAGUGGCCAGUGAAGUUAUCACUAGGCUGUAAUGUAAACACUGCAUUUUUUCUGAAAAGACAGUGUUUACUGCAAAAAGCCUGAAGUAAAUGAUUAUACUCACCACAACAAAUUCAAUAAGCUGUAGUUGUUCUGGUGACUAUAUUGUCCCUUUAAAUCAUUUGAAAACUAGAGUGACUGCACCGAGCCUCCUUGCACCAUACUCACUAAAUUAAUUUGUAGUGGUUAAACGGCUUUGAGUGUCCCUUUAAAUACGUUCCAUAUGAUGUAUCACAUUCUGUUCACUCUCCCCAUUCCUUAUAUAAUGUAUUCUCUUGGUAAUCUGCAGCAGGGUUUUAGGUCAGAUGAGGAGUCUUUAUUUUAUCCUUUAUGUAAUCCUUCUUUUGCUGUAUGUAAGAUCGGGUUUCUUGUGAUCUAAGGCUGUAAAAUUCCCUGAGUUAUCUUUAAUUCCAUGAUACAAUAAGGUGGAAAUUUUAACUCAUUUUAACCCUUAAACUUUUGGGAAUGUUUUUAGUUUGUGCAAUCUGUUUUUUAAUGCAAAUACCAUUUGAGACUAUUGUGGCAGUAUUGUAGGACUGUUUGUUUUUAGUGACCUUUAUUUCAACCACUGAGAAUUAUUUCUGCAUUAUCUUUCUGUUUGAUUUGGUUUCCAGUAGGGUUUAUAUGGGUUGCACAAGAAAUUUGCGAUUAGUUUAGAAGGCAAAAAAUAUUUUUUUUCCCCAUGUACUUUUAUUUUUGUAUAAAGUUGGUCUUAAACACACCAUAACUCUCUGGGCUAUAAUCACUAAACUCAGUGUGUCGUGAAUUGAUAAGGGAGUUGUAAUGUUUAAAACAAAAUGGCAAAACUGAAUAAGAGCUGAUUUAGAAAAUGUAUGAUUUACUGAAAAAAAAGUGUUCGCCUUUGUACAUGUGUAACUUUAAAGGGACACUCCAGACCCCUAAAGCACUUUAGCUUGCUGAAAAACUUUGUGUGAAGAGUGCAGAUUUCAAUAGAAAUAUACACUUUUAUAUAUAUUAGCCUGGUGCCGGGUUACACCCCCUUGGCUAUCAAGCAGGCAACAGGUAACGUUACUUCCUGGUUUCUUUAGCUCAGCUGGAGCAAUUGCUCAGUGCUCCUGCCUUGCAAAGACUUAUCAUUAAGUUCCAUUGGAAAGUCUGUGAUUGGACAGUCACAGAAAGUCUGGGCAGGGUUAGAACGGGAGGACUUGCAAAGACUGCAGAGAAGAGAAUUGCAAGUUUUACAAGCUGUUUUUAGAUAUAUCCCAAUGAAACAAUGCAUAAUUAAAUGCAUUCAAGUUUUCCUUUAGGGUAGAUCUACUAAACAUUGAUUUUUAUUUGUUUUGUAUUUGGGCAGUGGAGUAUCCCUUUAAGCAAUCCAAGCUGUGAGCAGCUAUUGUAAAAAGAUGGGUGGAUUACUUGUAAAAAAAAAAAAAAAAAAAAAGAUGGGCUGUAUUUUGCCAUAUAUAAUUGCAUAGAAAAGACAUUUUGCUUGAAUUGCAUAUUUUCGUUGAAAUAGCUCCUUUUCAUAUUUAGUAAGAAAAGUAAGCCGUAAAUAUUCAUGCUAGGCAUAUUUCUCAUGACAGUACACACUGGCUAUCGGACCGGCUAUGCUAUCUGCGUAUUACGAGAGUUAAGUAGAUCUGUAUAGCACCGUGCAUACAAACAAAACGAAUGGGUGCUGUCUAAGUUUGCUAUGAGUGGUAGUAUAAGAGGUGUGUUUUGAAAGGCAGGAAGGAGCCUGCACAAGACAACAGAAAAAAAACAAAACAUGAGAGUAAGUAUUACAGGCUGGAGUCAAAUAGAAUAAUAUAGCCACUGGGUUUCUCCUCUGAGUUGGUUAGUAAGUCUUAGGAAAACAAUACAAGCUAUAGCUCUAUGUUUAGCUAACAGGAAGGUUUUGUAUCCAGCACCCCAGCCAGUUUUAAGCAUAUACUCUAUCAAGUAGAAAAGGCUGGUUAGCUCCUAAAUGGAGUAUCAUGCGGUCAUUGAUUUGUAUAUUUUCAUUGCACUGUAUAUGCUUAAAAUGGACAGUGCUGAUUUAAGGGACACCUAUAGAAUAAAGCCGUAUCAGAAACACUUGGCAAGGGGCCUGUGUUAAAUUCAUGUGUGAGUAGGAAUAGUAUCAAUAAGCCACACCAUGAAUAGUAAUUUUAAAGUCAAGAGGUAGUCAUAAGAUAUAAAAGGAAAACAAAUGGUCAAGGAAUGGAAAAGGAAAAAAAACAUUAUAGGUUUUUCAUGACCUUCUCCAUGCGACGUCUGGUCACCUUGUCCAUAUUCUUGAUAGAGCUGGCAUUUCUCAAAUGGAUUUCGUCUGAUUUAAUAGAUCCAUGUUUUGAAGAGGUACCCAGGAGACAAGAUCAUCAUCUCUCUCUUCUAAUAUUGAAGGACACUCCUGCUGACCUGUGUUAUAAGAAGGCAUUAGCAAGCUUGAGUUUGACCUUUUGUUGUCCUGCCUUCAGUUUGCCCUCUUACUAUAAUUAUGCCAAUGAGAGAGAUAAUUUGAAGGUAGCUAGAUUGGUGAUGACAGGUGCUUGAAAUGAGACCACAUACCUAUUACUGACCAUGUAAUCCUUGGUAAUCAUGGCAUGUGAGAGCUGACAUGCUAGUUAUGUCCUUUUAGAAAAACCUUUGACAACUGAUCUAAGAGGUUUCCAAGAAUGAGUGGUUAUUGUCCAUGGACUGAGAAUGUGAGAGGCGCUCCUCAUUCCUAAAGUCUUUGUGUUGUCUUAUGCUUUCACUGAUCCCUCUUGCACUCGAAGAAUGAAUGUCUACAUAUCCAUCAUUUACAGGUUGCAGUGUACGCUCUUUGAAAUCUGAGGUAUGGUCAAUACGUUGGUUAGAUUCUAUUGUCAUAUAAAAUAGUAAAAUGCUCUUGCGAUGGUUGAUACAAAAUCUGUGCCGCACCUUCUUGUUUAAUCCAAAUUUUUUAUAAUUCUAUUAGAGCCGUGUUGGCUGGUGGAGGAUUCUCGACUUGGACUUACCGCCAAGGCUAUGAUGUCAGUAUUCCCGUUUACAGCUCCCUAUCUGCAGAUGUCAACUUGCCCGAGAGAGCACCUGGGUAAGUGCCAAUUCUGAGUGACCAAUUUAAAACAAUCAAGCGCAGCAAACAUAAAAUCACAACAUUAGGUAUUAAAAAAAUAAAUAAAAUAAAAAUAGCCAUGAAUGAAUACUCCAAAUCCAAUUUACCGGCAGCUGAGUAUAUUUGACUUGCUGUAAAAGUUAGACUUAUUCACACCACAAAUCUCAUCACUCUUGGGCAGUCUUGAAGGCUAGCACAACCAUAAUUCUUAUUUUUACAGGAUUUCCAGAGCUUCUUUUAUCAACGUCAACUCUUUCUUACAAUUCUUUUUUAACUAAAUGCCUGCUCAUCAGUAUGAUUAAUUUUAGAUUUACUGGACUUUCAGGGUCUAUUGUCUUCUGCUGUAAAAAUGAUUUAUCAAGUCGCAGUUACAUCUUUCACAAUUUGGGCCUAAUUUGCCCACCAUUUUUUAGGUAACGUCAACAGCUGUUUAAUUUAGCUCAUUGGCUAGUGCCCAGUCUGUAAUAUUUGUAGAACAUUUUCAAACCAUACGUCCAAUUCUCAGCAACAUCAUCUCAGAUUUUCAUCCUGACCAGGUCAAUAAUAUGAAUAGAUUGAAGAUUUAACUUCUGUGUACUCAAGGAUGAAUGUUUAAAACUAGUAAAAAAAAAAAAAAGCAAGUAAUUCAUGUUACAUACUCCAGAAAAACACAUAAAACCCACUUUGAACAGUUUAGUAAUGCUCUUUUUUUUUUUUUAAUAUUGUUGUGGAGAUUUUGUGAUGAACUUAUACACAUCAAACAGUUUGAGCUCCUAGGGAUAAGGGCCACCAGUGUAGGAAAGAAAGACAGUGGUGUUAAGACCUAGAAUUGGCAUCUGGGAAGAUAUGGAGAACUGUAAGGAUCAUAAUAACUCAGUCUUUUGUGCUUUAUUUUUCUCUUUUUUCUCCGCUUCCUUCGAUCGACCAUUUGGCUUAAUUCUUUAGCCCCCGAACGUUCUUCAUCCUCUCCUCCCAGACUACCCUGCAUCCAGAAUUCCGCACUGACCUCGAAACGAUCCGUACAGAGAAUGGAGACUCUGUUCUGCUCCUGGACAAAUGCACUAACCUCUCCGAAGGAGCCAUGCCACAUCGCAAGCGAUGUCAUAAAAAUACAGUUUAUGAUUAUCCUCAAGUACUCCAGGUAAUCGAGCGAAACAGUUUAGUAAUUCUCUUGUUUUAGCUGAUGGGUUAAAUUGAUAAUCAGAAUAAAAGUGAGAAUAACUCAGCUGACAUUGAUCUUUUGAUAUUAAAAUUUACAAAACUCAAGAAACCUUGCCAUAGGAAUGUUUAGCUACUUCUUGGUCCAUGGUCUAUAGUGCACUUUGUUUUCACCAGUCUUGUACUCAUUCAGGGACUCGCACUAAGGUACACCUACGCAGGAAACAUAAUUAUAUUCGUUUCAUAGAGAUUGGAUGCAGGUAAUGCGACUAAGGUACCUCUUGGCAAAAUUGCAGUUCUAUAGGGUCCAUGCAGUUGAAUGGGCGCUAAAGGGAUAUAAUAAGCACCAAAACAAGUUUAGCAAAAUGAAGCAGUUUUUGAUGUAUAGAUCAUGCCCCUGCAGUCUUACUUCUCAAUUCUGUGCCAUUUAGGCAUUAAAUCACGUUUGCUUCUGUUUAUGCAGCCCUAGGCACAUCUCCCUGUCUGUGACUCACACAGACAACAUGAAGAAAUUAUUUCCAUUUCAAUCAGCGCAAUGUGUUUACUUUAGAAGUUUUUACACACAAAAGGCUCUAGCAAGCUAACAGAAUAAGAAAUUCUAAGUUAAACAGCGUGUGCAAUAAAAGGAAGUGUAAGCAUUAGAUGUCUCUUUACAGGAAGUGUUUUGGAUGGCUGGUGGAAUGAAGGGGCGUUAAUAAAGGUGCCCCUAGGCUGUAGAUGUAAUUGUAUUGGUUUCAUAGCGAUCAAAUGAUAGAACUUGAUGUGUUUGUCUUUGCAGGAAGCUACAUUUUGUCUUGUCAUCCGUGGAGCCCGAUUGGGACAAGCUGUUCUCAGUGAUGUUUUGCAAGCUGGCUGUGUCCCUGUCAUCAUCGCCGAUUCCUAUAUUCUCCCUUUCUCCGAGGUCCUGGACUGGAAAAGGUAACACCUCAGUGAAACUCUUUACUAACCCUGUAUAUCUGAGGUAUAGCUUGGCUCUUUACUAACCCUCUAUAUCUGGGAUGUAGCACGGAUGUUUACUAGCACGGUACAUCUGGGAUAUAGCUCUUUACUAACCCUAUGUAUCUGGAAGACAGCUCGUUACUAGCCCUGUAUAUCUGGGAUACAUCUCUGCUCUUUACUAACCCUGUACAUCUGGGAUAUACAGUGAGGGUAAGAAGUAUUUGAUCCCCUGCUGAUUUUGAACGUUUGCCCACUGACAAAGAAAUGAUCAGUCUAUAAUUUUACUGGUAGGUGUAUUUUAACAGUGAGAGACAGAAUAACAAAAACCAAAUCCAGAAAAACGCAUGUCAAAAACUUAUAAAUUGAUUUGCAUGUCAAUGAAUGAAAUAAGUAUUUGACCCCUUCGAAUUGGUACUUGGUGGCAAACCCCUUGUUGGCAAUCAUAGAGGUCAGACGUUUUUUGUAGUUGGCCACCAGGUUUGCACACAUCUCAGGAUUUGUCCCACUCCUCUUUGCAGAUCCUCUCCAAGUCAUUAAGGUUUUGAGGCUGACAUUUGGCAAAAACAGAUUUUCUAUGGGAUAAAGGUCUGGAGACUGGCUAGGCCACUUCAGGACCUUAAUGUGCUUCUCCUUAAGCCACUCUCUUGUUGCCUUGGAUGUGUGUUUUGGGUCAUUGUCAUGCUGGAAUACCCAUCUACAACCCAUUUCCAAUGCCCUGACUGAGGUAAGGAGGUUCUCACCCAAGAUUUGAUGGUACAUGGCCUUGAUCAUUGUCCCUUUGAUGCAGUACAGUUGUCCUGUCCCCUUAGCAGAAAAACACCCACAAAGCAAAUUGUUUCCACUUCCAUGUUUGAUGGUGUUCUUGGGGGUUAUAGGCAGAAUUCCUCCUCCUCCAAACACGGCGAGUUGAGUUGAUGGCAAAGAGCUUGAUUUUGGUCUCAUCUGACCACAACACUGAAUCAUUCAGAUGUUCAUUGGCAAACUUCAGACGGGCCUGUGCAUGUGCUUUAUUGAGCAGGGGGACCUUGCGGGCGCGGCAGGAUUUCCAGGUUCACAGCGUAGUGUGUUACCAAUAGUUUUUUUGGUGACUAUGGUCAGAGGUGCCUUAAGAUCAUUAACUAUAUCCUUCCAUGUAGUUCUGGGCUGAUUCCUCACCGUUCUCAUGAUCAUUGAAACUCCACGAGGUGAGAUCUUGCACAGAGCACCAGACCGAUGGAGACUGACUGUUAUUUUGUGUUUCUUCCAUAUGCGAAAAAUCGCAUCAACUGUUGUCACCUUCUCCCCAAGCUGCUUGGCAAUGGUCUUGUAGCCCAUUCAAGUCUUGUGUAGGCCUACAAUCUUGUCCCUGACAUCAUUGGACAGCUCUUUGGUCUUGGCCAUGGAGGAGAGUUUGGAAUCUGAUUGAUUGCUUCUGUGGACAGGUGUCUUUUAUACAUGUAACAAACUGAGAUUAGGAGCACUCCCUUUAACCCCUUAAGGACCAAACUUCUGGAAUAAAAUGGAAUUAUGACGUCACACAUGUCAUGUGUCCUUAAGGGGUUAAGAGAGUGCCCCUAAUCUCAGUUCAUUACCCGUAUAAGACACCUGGGAGUCAGAAAUCUUGCUGAUUGAUAGGGGAUCUAAUACUUAUUUCACUCAUUGACAUGCAAAUCACCUUAUAACCUUUUUUUUUUUUUUUAAAACAUGCGUUUUUCUGGAUUUAUUUUUGUUCUGUCUCUCACUGUUAAAAUACACAUACCAUUAUGACUGAUCACUUCUUUGUUAGUGGGCAAACGUUCAAAAUCAGCAGGGGAUCAUAUACUUUUUCCCCUCACUGUAGCUUUUUACUAACCCUGCAUAUGUGGGAUAUAGCUCUUUACUAACACUGUGGAUCUGGGAUAUAGCUCAGGUCUCUUUACUAACCCUGUAUAUGUAGGAUACAGCUAUUUACUAGCCCUGUAUAUUUGGAAUACAGCUUAGCUCUUUACUAACCAUGUAAUCUGGGAUAUAGCGUUUUACUAACCCUGUAUAUCAAGGAUAUUUUAUCCAGUCUGACACAUCUCUGUGAUCUAUCCAGAGCGUCUGUUGUGAUCCCUGAAGAGAAAAUACUUGAAAUGUACAGUGUUCUGCAGAGCAUUCCUCAGAGGCAGGUAGAGGAGAUGCAGAGACAGGUAAGAUAUCAACUUUCAUUUUUAUAUUUACGGUACAUAUAUGUAUCUGUGUUGGUGUUUUUAUGAGAUUUUGUCUGCAGUUAAAUUAUUUGCCACUAGGUGUCUCUCUCAGAUUUAGAUGCCUUAAAGAGCCAUUACUUUUUUUUUGUAUAGAAAGAUGCCUUGGAUCACAAGAAAAUGUAAUGUACUUUUUGAAGAUAGGUAAAUUUUUUUAUUUAUCACCCUGUGUUAGAGUGAAUAUAUUGCCUAUUGCUACCUACAAUUUCCCUCAGGGUUUAAUUAGUUAUGUGAUCUAGAAGUAGGAUGCAAAUCCAUUCUUCUUUACUAGUUACAUAUAAACAUGAAGGACAUCUCAAUGCUGGGACCAAUUGUUUGUUCUUGUCUCUUCCAUUUGUGAUUUUUUUUUUUUUUUUGAGAAAACAUGCAUGAAAUAAGCACACAUCAAGUAUGUUAUAGUGAUAUUAUGUGACUUGCUGUUAAGUUUUAAAGGAACAGUCCGGCACCAUAACAAGGUUAUCUUGAUGAAUGUUAUGUUGCAAGGAGGACCCCAGGCGCCAGCUUGUCGCAACCAUCAAUGAGCAGAUUAAAGGACAACUUCACACUGUAAAAAACAAAGAACCCCACAGUUUAAUAGAUAUACCCACAAAAAAAUACAUUAAUGCAUUUUUUAUGCAUGUAUUCAUUGGGGGUAUAGUCUAAAACAGCUUGCAAAAGCUGCAGUUUUUCUCAUUGAGAAGACUCCGUUUCUAUUCCGUCUCUUUGCACUUUCCCAUGAGUCACUGCGUGAUCGAGAGUUUUUUAAAUUUUUUUAUUUGUGCUGUUCUGAAUUGCGAGAAGAUUUUCUAGUCACUAGUUUAAUUGAUUGGGUGUGCACACGCAUGAUCACUCUUACUCGCACACAUGUAGAUAUGUGCGCACUACUGGAAAGCAAUCGGCAUGGAAGAACGACAUUGAGAAUUCUUUGCGGGCAAUUUUGGAAGGCAGAAGCACUCUAGUAGAACAUGCUUGCUACUUUUGUUAGCUCAGUGGAGGCGUUUCUAUUUUUAAUUAUAAACUUCUAAUUUCACAAAGAAAAAUGCAUUUUGUAAAAGGGACUUUUAAGAGGAUACUCCAUAGCCAAAUAGCAAUUCAGCAACCUGAAGUGCUCUAUGGGUGUGGAGUGUUCCUUUAAACCCAAAAUGUUGAAUCCGGCGCCCAAUCACUCUGGCCAACCGCUUCUGUUGCACUCAGAGGCUUGACAGGAUGCCUUGGACAGGGGUGCUGCUUAGAGUGGUUACUGACAUGAUCAGUAGCUCCCUAUUCACAAAAUCACUUGCGAAAGGUACUCUUUUUCUCAAGACAAUUACAUCUUGGGAUUUUUCUUCCCUGAUUCAAGCUGCAGGCUGCACCAGAAGGAGAUGGGCAAAGCAGAUGUGUGUUGAGUUAAACACUUUAGGGUUAAACUGUUCUUUAUCGGUUUAAGUCCUUGACGUAAGCCAGCACCUGGGAUCCUCCUCGCACCGUAGCAUUUUCAUAACAAUGAAGUUGUUAUGGUCCUGGAGUGUCUUUUUAAUGCUCCCACAAGGAACAAAAUAGGUUAUCUAGACAUAUAUACAUUUACUCUCUUUGUAACCUUUGUAACUGUAAAUUCAAAAGCAUGUGGCAGGAUUAAAAAUAAAGUAGCCAAGCUGUGACUAUGGCGGAAUUGAGUAUUUUUAUUUUUCAAAAUCAGCUGCUGUUGCCUUCGUUUUGCUAUAAAUUGUUGAUUGAAUAAACCCUUUUGAGGUUUAUUUUCUUUCACAUUUGGGUAAUGUUGUAAUAUUCACAUGUUCCGUGAGAUGUCCCUGAGAUGCCCCUUGCAUGCACCCAGCCAUAUUCUGUCCUUUUUACUGCACCGCCUCCCAUCACAUACUGUUGCCAGUUGGUAAAUGGGGAGGAAAAACACAGGAUGGAAAAGUGGAACAUUUUGUUGGAAGCAUUUUCACCAUCUUUCCCUUACCAAGGUUUUUUUCUUUUCUUUUUUUCAUUCAUUUUUCCUACCGGUGGACGUACUAGUGUGCCUCGCUUUGUGUUUUGCUGAUACGGAAAGAUACACAAAGUCCAAAAACCAUAGCGAAAGCAACUCAUAGCAACAGGGGAUAUUUUUUCCCUCUACUUGUUGAUUUGGUAUGUCAGUGGAUGUUCUGCCCUUUAACAAAUGUUAGGUAACAGUUUAGACAAAUUGCUGUUUGUUUAGAUCUCGUGAACCUUUGUGCAAUAAGGGUUAAUAACCUCUGCCAUGUCAACUGCGUACACUGCAAGUUCCACUGUGCUCAAUAAAUUGCUGGCUGAGCGUGACAAGCCUUGUAGUCUACGGACGUGCAGUCAUAUCUGGAUAGUGUUUUUAUAAUGAGUGUCUGGAAUGAAUGUUAAAGGGAAAGUGCUAUAUUGAAUGUCAUUCAGGUAUUUAAGACUUGUCCAGGAGGGAGAGUUCCAUGUUCUCUCAUCCCAGUAAAUUCUAUUGAAGCAUUUGCUCUUACCUCUGCGGCACUUCCAUGUUCCAGCUGUCAUUGGUGCACCCAUGAUGCUUUGGUUGCACUCUGGCAUCUGUAUAGAAAUGUCCAUUCUAGUGAAUAUGUGCAUAUUGCUGUUAAUUUACAUUGUAUGUACUGUAAUUCAGUCGAAUAAUCCUAUAUAUUAAAACUACAGAGAUUUUUUGACUUAAAAUCAAACACUUAAAAUCGUGCAAAAAUCUCCACAGUGACAGUUCAGCUUUUUAAAAUAACAAAUUCAGAUCUAUUGCGUGCAGGUGACCUAAUUGGGAUCCACUUAACUUAUUACAAAUGAACAUGAUUGCCUCAAUUUUGCCAUUUUCACUGUGCCAUAUUGUAAUUCUUCUAAAACCAGAUGGGGACAAAAAUUGCGUAUAUCUUAAUAAGAGGUGCUUUUAACUUACAGUUUAUAUAUUUUGUUUCCUACCACCAUGGCUACGUUGAAAAAAUGGAUUUGUGGUCAUCUGGAAAUUAGUUGGUCGCUCCUUUGCACUGUAUGGAUUGUUUUUCAGUAAAACCUGUGUAACGCAUUUAUUAUUCCCUGCACACCUUCCUUAAAAUUCUGAGUAAAAUCCAGAGCAUUCUUUUGUUUUGUGCCAUGCAGUAGAUAACGAGUCAUUAUUUUUAUCUCUCAGACAGAAACAUGUGCUUUACACCAAAAAAGUAAAAAAAAAAACAGACAAAAGUGUAUAUAUGAACAUUAAUACUGACAUCAGAUUCAACAUACGCAUAUUGGAAGUUUAUCAAGUGGUACAAAAAAAGAGAUCUAUCUAUCUUGUGAUGGAACUUUCUCUUUCAUUUUAGUCGAUCCGAAAAUGAUUUUGAAGAAAGUGAUUCUGUCAUUUGUUUGCGGUCAUCCCCGCUACAGAAUAUGUUGGCGCUAUUUAAUUAACUAUAGUAAUAUUCAUGCUGUCAUAAUGCAGUUUGUUUGUGUGUGGGGCGAGGGAGGGGGUUGUUGUUUUUUGUUUUUUUUGGGCUGCAUUGUGAAAAAAAAAAAACUUGAGGCAAUCUGUUUUCAGUUUCAUCUCCCAUGGGAUUUCUGACCCAAAAUCUUUUUUUGAGGGUUGUUUGCCUUUAGUUUGGCAAAUGUACUAAAAUCACCAUCAUUCUUUCUCCAGAGUGUAUUAUCCAAAUGGAGAAAUUAUUUACCUUGCCUUCAGUGGUCGCCAAAGAUUUGCAGGAAAAUGUGAAGAUGGCCACAGAUUCCAAAAUUCUCAGGAAUUAGAAAUGUAUUUUUUUUUACUUAUGCUUGGCAGGGAGCAACUUUUUUUAUUACUAUUAUUUAAGCAUUUUUUGUUGCAGUAUGCUGCAAAUGUUUUGAAAGGCUUAUUAAAACACAACCCAGACGCAUUGCUCUCCAUUCCCCCGUCACAUAAUAGUAGCUUUUCAGAAAGAUGUGUUUCACUUUUACACUUGUAUGACCAUUCGGACAGUGUUCAAACUAUUUAACAAUGUUUGGAUUUUGUGUUCUAGGCUCUGAACCAGAAUUGUCUCGCGUUGAGCUGGAUUAAUAAAUUCUGGACCCGAAUUUUAAAUAUCUGAAAUAUGAAAAUAAAACAAACCCGCAGCAGUGCCAAGGGCUAAUCGAAGGCGUUCGCCAGCACUCUAGCUAGUUGUCCUAAUAAAGUAGAAAAACAAGCCUAUGGGGUUCCAUAUGAUGCCCAUCUAACUUUAAAAAGGAUUAAAUCUACCCAUAUGCCCCCAUUCACCUUGUUGCAGGUGGGGGCAUGUCUACUUAACAAUGAGUAACCAGUAGUUAUUUCUGCCCAGUCACUAAAAAUGCUUCCAAACCAAUCAAAGUGUUCUGACUCACAUUAGAAGGUGUGGGGGACAUUCUUUAUAAAUUGAGCCAAUUUGGAUUCAUUGUUUUGGUGUUGUUUUUUUCUUGUUGUCAUCUCGAUCACAUAUCUCAGAUUUGUGGGACUCCCUUGGUCCCCCCAAUCGGAUCCGGUGGCGAGGGGGUGGGUAUUUGUCCUGCAGGGAGGGCACGAUCUUAAGGGCGUGUUUUGCCACCCAUUGGGAGUGGGUUAAAAGAAUAUACUGAAUUCCUGGCAUUCCCUUUGCUGUAUAGAUUGUAAGCUCAUCUGGGCAGGACCCUUGUCACCUACUGUUACUGUUAGACGUCAUAUGUAUUUUGUUAAAUGUUUGUCUUGUUUACCUAUUGUACAGCACUACAGAAUCUGUUGGAGAAAUCGUAGAAAUCAUUCUAAUUGUAUAUCUUGCCCUGAAACCCAUGCUUCAGGUGAGGCUAUUAUAUUUUAUUCAGUGUAGAGAUUGUAACCAUAUUAGUUUGUAUUAUUAUUGUUUGUUUUUUUUACUUUGACAACGAAAAUCCAAUCAGGGGAGCAACAAGGGACAAAGCAACAUGUGUGGGUCAGAAGGACUGGAGAGGUGUAAACAGAUCCGUGAUUUAUCUGCUAUGUGGCUUCUGCAAACAAGGUUUUAUUUGGCCAGCAGCUUUGCUUUACUAACCUCUAACCCUGCAAGGCUCUGAAGUGCAGCAACUGACAGACCAACUCUUCUUUCAACUCUUCCUGCUAGCCUUCUUGUAUUUUUUGGGGGGAGAGCCCUUUGAGCACAGCGGGGCGUCGGGAUGUGGUGAAUCCCCAGCACUAUUUGGUAGAUGAGUAAACAUUUUAAAGGUAUGGAUGGGACCCAGGUCGAUGGAUUAAGAGAUUCUGUACCCAGAAUCCUUUGCACAGUUGUGCUAAAAACUUGUUUUGGUCUCCAUUAAAGCGCCACUUAACACCUCAUCUCAUGAUCCUUCUGUAGCAAUCUCUCAGGGUGCAUCAGUCUGAAUAGCUGCUAGACAGCAUGAUUCUUAUUCUUGGUGUAUUAUGCACUGCAGCAGAAAUGAGUUAAGUCAACAAACAAAAAUAUGGUGAAAAUAAGUACAACAAACAUUUAAUGUCCAAAUUGGGCCUUGUUGUCUGAGACUGAACUAAAUUGACCCAAAGUCAGGUUUCACAGCUGUGAACAACUUAUCUCCAGAGCCAGUUUUCUUCUGUUCUAUCGAACACGUGCAGAUCUUUGGAAAAUGCAGUCAGAAAAUUCUGCACUCAAGGCAAUAAAUUGUGAGAUAUGUAAUAGUUGUUUUUUUUCUGGUGUUCGAAUAACUGCUGUUUUAGAGGACGUGCCACUGAUUACUGCAGAGUCCCUGCAGUCGUUAGCAAGACUUUCACCAGGGGAUUGAAUUUAAUAAGUAAGGAAGAAACCACUAAAUUCCCUUAGAUCUUUUUCAAUAUUUAUUAUUUGCCUGUACAACACUGUGACCUUCCUUCCUUUGAGCUGGUAGAGAGUGAGAGAGAGAGGAUGAAUGAUGACUUGGGAGCUCCACAAAAAAAAAAAAAUGAAGGAGAAUCAGUCUUAUGCAAGAAGUAGAAAAAAAAAAACUAAACAAAAAGCGAGCACCCGUUUUAGCCUGGAGGCUGCGCCAUCCCUAGAGAGCUUCAGGAGAGUUGAUCAUGGCAGCCUGAAAAAGUGGAGCUCCGAAUAAGCAAUAAAUAAUCCUUCUGAGUUAUGGGUCGGCUGUAUGUAAAAUGUCAGCUCUGAUUUGCCACUGAAUAUUUAAAGUGCGCAGCUUUUUAAUUUAAAACCCAAACCUUGCAAGUCUUGGAACUGGCCGAUGCUAAAUAAGGAGCUGCCUAACAAGGCAGGUAUUGGGGAGUGAUGGAUGACCGCUGGCGUAGAGCCAAACCGCAGAACAUUUAAAGGACUACGGAGCUUGAAGACUGUUUAUUCUGCAGAAAUAAGCUUGGACAAGCAGAGCGAUUGGCAUCUGAUAGCAGAAGGUGCCUGUAUGUUUUUAUUUUGCAGUGUCCUCAUGGUCUGCAGGAUUUGUAGAUGUUUUAUGACAAAACGGGGACAUUUUAGGACAAAAUGAUUAUUUCAUACUUAUUGCAAAUAUAUAUAUAUAUAUAUAUAUAUAUAUAUAUAUAUAUAAUUAUUUUUUUUGCACCAAAUAAUGAAAUAAUUAAUUUUUUUUGCACCAAAUCCAAUAGUGGGUAGGUUUUGUGUGUCUAUUAUUCUGUUGUUUUGUGACCUGUAAACACAUACCUUUUAUGUUUAUUUUAGUUAAUAUUUUUUGAUAAUAAACAUACUUAAAGGAUUACUCCAACACCCAUGACCACUUCUACUUUUAGAAGCGGUGAUGGUGCAAGCGAUCUGUAUGUGCAGCUUUUAAGCUUGAAAUGCUGUCUAUUGAGAUAAAUGUGUAUUUUUGUGCCAUAAUCUAGUUGCACUCCUGGCACCAUGUGACUUAGGCAGCCUGAAACUCUGUUCCGGACUGCCUGUUCUGCGCAAAUGAAGUCCGACAUUGGCAUGCAUUGCAUUCUGGUUACACAUGUAAUCACCUGCAAGGUGAGGCCUCUCUUCCCAGCGUUCAUUCACUUACUCUGUCCACCCCCCUACCUUCAUUCAUCCCUCCUUCUCCUUGAAUUUUGGUUGGCUGGUGGUCAAGCUCUAAUGCCAAGAUGAGAUGCGACUUCUCGCAUACGCAGUGUAUCGUUCAGUGGUACAACAAUGCUUCCCUGUGAGAAGUAUUUGAUUGGACCAGAGACGCAAAGAGAUUGAUGUGGCAUAAUGGCAGUGAGGAUGAUCAUGAAUGACUUGGCCUCAGAAAAUUAAUGCCAGGAGCCCAAUAGGGCAUUUAGACUUCAAAAAGUACUGCACUUUCAAAUAGGGUCGGCUAACAUGCAAUAGACGCCAUAGAGGAUCCUUCGGGGCUGUGGAUUACAAGGCUGAGCUCAUAGAAAAUGUAUCUUUGCAACAAUUAAAGUAUUACCAAUUAGUUGCUCUUGACUAAGAAUAUCAACUGUGGAUUUUUUUUACUUAAAGGGACACUAUAGGCACCCAGACCACUCUAUCUCAAUGAAGUGGUCCAGGUGAAGGGUCUCUGGCCUCAAUGCCCAUUGCAGGGUUAAAACUGCCUCUGGUGACUGUCUACCAGACAACUGCACUUCCUUGCUUUUCAUAGAGUAUAACUCUUGCAUGAGGAAGUCCAGUGUCUUCAAAAUCCCCACAGGUAAGCAUUCAGUGAACGCUUUCCUAUGGCAAAGGUCUAAUGUGCAAUGCUCGCUAUGCAUUCAUAUGAGUUACCAUUGGCUGGCGUCAGAGAAGGAGUUAGAUCUAACGUUGAUGGAUCUCUCCGCUGGACUCGUAUACGUGUUUAAAGAGACACUGUAGGCACCUAAACCACUUCAGCUCAUUGAAGGGGUUCGGGUGCUGUGUCUCUUUUGCACCUAGUGCUGCAAUGUUACACAUUGCAGUUCCAGAGAACUGCAAUGUUUACAUUGCAACACUAAGUCUGCCCAUAGUGGCUUUCUACCAGACAGCCACUAGGAGCGCUUCCGGAGUCGUGACGUUAUCUGAUGCUGGAUGUCCUCACGCUCUGACUGAGGACUUCCAGAGUCAGAUUUUCCCCAUAGGAAAGCAUUGAUUCAAUGCUUUCAUAUGGGGAGGUCUAAUGCGCGUGCGGCAUUAGACCCCGCUCAUCGAGGGGCGGAGCUUCGAUAUGGUAAGUAAAUAAAGGGUUGUUUUUUUUUUUUGUUUUUUUUUUUAAAAAAACCCUUUAUUCACCGAGAUGGGUUGUGUGUAAGGGACACUAGUUUUUUUUUUUUUAUUAUUCUUUAUUUUUGUGGGUAUACGAGAGUUAAACACGUAGUACAUUAUAUGCAGAAUGAAAGUGAAAUAACAUGUACAAAAAUACAUUUAAGAUAGUCUUCAUAUAACAUUCGUAUUUGCAUAGAAACUUUGCAACCCGAUUUUUAAUAGGUAAAGCCAGGGGCGUAUUAGCCGCGAGGCAAACAAGGCAUUUGCCUUGGGCGGCAUUUUUUCAGGGGGCGGCAAAAAAUGCCGCCCCCCAAAUGCCCAGGGCAAAUGCCUAGUUAGCCUCGCGGCUAACAGACAUGCCGAGCUGGCGCGCUGGGCGGGCAGCCGGGCGGCCGGCGAGGGAGCUCUUCCCCUGAGCUCUGCUUAGCUCCCUUGCGCGCCGCCAGCAGAGUGAGGCCGGAAGAUGACGUCAUAUUCAGCUGAGCAGAGCAGAGCGCUCAGGGGAAGAGCUCCCUCGGCGGCCGCCCGCCCAGCGCUGCAGCCACUGGACCCCAGGGAGAGGAAGAACCCCCCCCCAGCAUUACCAAAGGUAAGGAGGCUGGGGGGGGUUAAAUAAAAAAAAAAAAAAAAAACACUAGUGUGUGUGUGGAAGUCUGUUAGUGUGUAUGUUGGUGUGUGUAUGUAUGUUAGUGUUAGUGUGUGUGUGUGUUUGUGUGUGUGUGGAAGUCUGUUAGUGUGUAUGUAUGUUAGUGUUAGUGUGUGUGUGUGUUUGUGUGUGUGUGGAUGUCUGUUGGUGUGUGUAUGUUAGUGUGUCUGUUAGUGUGUGUAUGUUAGUGUGUGUGUGUAUGUUAGUGUGUGUGUGUAUGUUAGUGUGUGUGUGUAUGUUAGUGUGUGUGUAUGUUAGUGUGUGUGGAUGUCUGUUAGUGUGUGUAUGUUAGUGUGUCUGUUAGUGUUUGUGUCUGUUAGUGUGUCUGUUAGUGUUUGUGUCUGUUAGUGUGUAUGUUAGUGUUAGUGUGUGUAUGUUAGUGUGUGUCUGUUAGUGUUAGUGUGUCUGUUAGUGUGGAUGUCUGUUAGUGUGUGUGUGAGUGUGUGUCUGUUAGUGACUGUGUGUUUCUGUUAGCUAGUGAAUGCGUAUCUGUCAGUGAAUGUGUGUGUGUAUUUAGAAGGCGGAGCAGGGGGGAAGGUUGGGUGGUGGUUGCGUGGGUGGGGGUGGCGCGGGGGGGUGCCUGAGUUUUGUCCUGCCUAGGGCAGCACAAAACCAGGAUACACCACUGGGUAAAGCCCUGCGUUUCUCCCUCGUGUUAGUGGCUACUAAGGCGUAUGGCUACCCUGAGGGGCUAGUGUACAGCUUUAUGUGCUCUGCUUAGGAAUGUUGGGGCUGUAGGCGCAGCCUGGGCACUUGUAUUAUUAGGUGAGGGAGUGUGGUUAUUAUGGCCGUUGAUAGGAAUGGUGCAGGACCUCGCAAGUCUCCCAGUAUGGCGCUUGUACACAGAGUGUCGGGCCUCUGCAUUUGCUUCGUGUUAGGGGAGGGGCAAGUCUGCUUAACCAGGAUCGGUGGGAGUCUGCUUACGGAGCCAGAGAUUUAAAUAUAUCUGUUGCCCUGUAAUCUUCAUAAACUUAAAACAAACAAAAAAUAAACUUUUAAGACCUUAGAAAACUUAAGAAACUUUGAGAAAAGAAACCAAAAACCAAAAAGUCACUGCUUCUAAGGUGAGCGAAAAGACUAGGUAAGUUCAGCAUAUGAAAGGUGUCCAAUUUAUAGUCCUGCAGUAAGGGACCUAUCAGACAUUUCACAGGUGCACUUGCAUGUGCGGUCGCAUUUCUCAUGUUAAAGGAUCCGUCAUCUUUGGCUCAGUUCUUCUGGGCACAAAGGGAGUUAUAUCGUCGACAUUCCACGCAGGGUUGGCCCUUGUCACUGCUGUAGGAAGCGAGAGUCCCAGUGACUGGAGAAACUUAGGCGCUUCAGAUAUGUGUGUCAAGUGGGUCGUCUUACCGGCAUGCUCUACGGUUAAACGAUGAGGGCCCCAUUUAUAGGGGAUAGAGUUCUCGCCCAGUAGCAAGGUGAUGUGGCGGAGAGACCUGCGCCAGGUGAGAGUGUGCUUUGAGAAGUCUCUGUAUAGGGUCAAACUUGCUCCCUCAAACAUGAUGGUGGGAGAGCCUCUCGCGGCUCCCAUGAGAGCCCCCCGGUCCGAGUCCCGGACAAAUUUAAUUAACACAUCCCUCGGUGCUUCUUGGGGCGCUUUGAGUGCCUUGGGGAGGCGAAAGCAGGUGUCGAUCCCUACCUGCUUCGCUUGUUUGGGAGUCAGUAAGGUUGCCACCAGCCUCCUACAAUAGUGUGGUAAUUCCAGGUUUCCCGCCGAUUCCGGCACUCCCCGGAUUCGCAGGUUUCGGGCUCUAGUUUUGUCUUCCAUGCCCGCUAAUUGAGCGGUCAGCGCCGCACAUUGUUUUUGCAACUGUCCCAGGGCAGCGUCUGUCGCCGUUUGUGCUACUCUCGCGCCCCCAAGGGACUCCUCAACGGAAACCACCCGGCCUGCAAGUGUGGAGACCUCCCCUCGGACAAGUGCCAUGUCGGCAUCAAACAUCGCUUUGAUGUUUACCAUCAGUGCCUUGAUGUCGGCUUUCGUGGCGGGUGCUGCGUCGCCCAAUUCUUUAGGCUGCUGGGGUGUAAUAUGCACCUUGCUGGAAACGUGGAAGGAAUCGAGUGCGCUGUCAUCGUCGGAUGACUGUGUGUCGAAGGCCUCUAUCGGCGCCAUCUUGCCAGGUACGUGCAGCUGCGUUAAAAGUGCCUAUAUCUUUGGAUCCCGAGCCAGGAUCUGCUCUGCACUUCUUCAUUUUCUUCCCCAUAGUGUCUUGGGGAUCUGUUUGUCAGGUCCCCGAGGCGGUUUUUGUCGCUUGGAUAUCCCUUUUCCUGGGUCUCACGCUCGGAGCUGUGGUGAGUUGCGACUUGCUUGUUUAGGCGCUGGCUCCGCCCCGAGGGACACUAGUUUUAAUGAAUAAAAAUGUUAAAUUAAAAGGAACAUUCCAUUGGAACCCAGUUGCUUUGGCCCAAUCUCCAGCUUGUUUUUCAUUCCUUGUUUAGUGAAUGAGCCCUAUUUUUUCUGUGUGCCUGUGGAAGGUUAUACUUUGAAACCUGUUCCAGUUCUCAGACUAGAGUGAGUUUCCCAUUCAUGAUUUUCCGGACAAUAAAGCAUGUUCAUUAAAUAUUCAUUUGGUUUGUAACAGAUCCAAUAUGUGUUUUUUGUUUUUUCUGAUCUAAUCACUACCUUAAUCUUUCCUUUGUGAUUUGACUUUACAUAUAUUUAGAGAUACCUGCCCGAAUAAAGACUCUACUUCAUAUACAACAUAUGGUAUACUUUUUAUUUUUCUCCCUACUUUACCACUUUGUCUUAACCAGCUGCAGGCUGUACUUUUACAUCCAUCUUUGGCUCACCAAAGACUAACUGUUGUUAAAAAGUUAGGAUUUGUGCAUUCUUGCGGACAUACUUCAUGCUGUGCGGUGUCAUACUAAUUCGUUUUUUUGCGUCCUCUGGAAUUUUAGUAGCUAUCUUGGUCUUUGCUCAUCUGUAAACCUUAAACCAGGAGAGAUGGCAUUUUAACGUGCCGUUAAGUUUAAUGAUCCGUUUUUUUUAUUCUAUACGUAUGUCUGGGUAAAUAGUUCUUGUGAGAAUGCAUAUUACUUACCAUUUGUGUUAUCUUACUAUGGACUCUCUCUCUCACUUUUACAAGAAACAUUUGACUAUAUUGUCCUGCACGGACAUCCAUUUCUUAUAAAACUCCUCUUUCAGUAUGUUGGUGACCGAAAAGAGACAAAUCUAAGCCAAAGGCAUGUUGAUAGUCAAAGUGUUUCUUUAUCGUUCGUCAUUAAGAGCAUUACUUCUUCCAUUUAGUGGCCAGUUUUUGUAUAUUUUGAAAUUUGACUAACCUGAUAAAUUCAGGUAUUGGAGAAUAAAUGCAUAAAAUGCUCAAAUGUUUAAACGGCGCAAACAGUUACUUUUUGUAGGCACCAUGGCCAAAACAACAGUUCGUUCAUAGUAUGUUUCAAAUUGAUUAUGUUUUUAUUGAACCCCCCCAUUAGCUAGGAUGUUUUGAACAAAUGUAAUAAUUUAAGAUCCUCUUGUGGGAGACACUUCAUAUACACUUUUCAGUAGACAUAGUGAAAUGAAGAACUGAGGAAGCACACAACUAAUUAAUCUGUCUUGGGCUGGCCGAUGUGUUUCAUCUCUUAUUUCAUAGACUUAUGGUAUCUUGAAGUUCAUAUUUAAUUUCUGGCCUCUUUGCUAUUCCAUGAUAAACUUGUUUGACCACAUGGAUAAUGCCACAUGAAUGUUGAGACCAACCACUGUUGAAGAGCAUUGACCGUGUGUCAUGCUCUCGAUGCAUACCGCCAAUCUUCUAGACUGACUGGGUUCAUUACUCCAAACACCAUAACUAGUAGAGCGUGCAAUAGUGGUUAUGGUGCAAGGAGUGCCCUGGGCCCCCCUCUCCAGUGUAAUUAGUCAAACCAAUUUAAAUUUGACAACUUUUUUAUUUUUCAGACAAAUAAACAGAUAAGGGGGGAACGGGUACAGAAAAGAAAGGGGAAGGUUCAGCAGAUAAUCAAAUAGUACAUUGUGGACAUCACAUACUCCUGGUCUGUGGUAUAGAUUAACAGUUUCUAGUAGGAGGUUUUCAAGUGUCUUUGGCAAUAAGAGUGGCAAUGGCUUCUUUUUAUACAUACAUUUUUAUGGUGUGGAUAGUGUACAUUGUACAUUAGUGUUACUCUGUUGUACAGACUGGACCGAUCUCCAUGCGUCCCAGGUGUUCCAUGCUGCCAUGGUUGUCUGAGAUGAGGGCCACAAUUUACUAAAGUUUUGUUCAUAAGUGCGUUGGCCAUCUACAUCCGAGGUUAGCAAAUACAUAGACGGGCAUUGUGUGGACUUCCAUGCUCUUUCUAUUAAUUUAUGGGCUCACAGUAGGAUAUGGUAAAGGACUUUCCGUUUAAAUUUGGGUAUCCCUUCUGGGAGAAGCAUAGGUACAUAGAUUUGUGGGUUAUGGGGUAUUUUGAGUUUGGUCGUUUUUUUCAAGGAGGGUUUGGACAGUGGUCCAAAAAGGUCUAAUGGAUGGACAUUGCCACCAUAUAUGGUGAACGGUCCCUUCUUCCAGUUCACAUCUCCAACAGGUGUGGGGGGUGUGAGUCAGCAGUUAGUGAGUUAAACCAAUUUAGAAUGGUUUGACUUCUUAUCUGGGUGCCAGCGAUCAGCUGAUGCUCUCAGCCAAUGAGCAAGACCUACAUUGCUUGGCUUAUCUCAGCGGGCACCAGUGCACUUGUGACGUGCUGUAGUGGUUUUGGUGCUUAGUGUUCCUUUAACGUCAGCUGGCAAACUUUCCAUUAGACUUACUAAGACUGGGAAGUGAAACUAAUAAUUUACGUAUUGGGGAACACUGUCCCUUUAAUGUACAUGCAGCACACUGUGAUAGGAAUCUCUGAAUCUUAUUGUUGUAUAUGAUUUUCUGCGCAGCUUAUUUAUGGUCUGUGUGCUUUACUUGUAGAUAUGGACUUAUAGCUGCUGAUUUGUACUAGUGCGACACAAGCCCCUUUGCUCCCCCUCCAUUCUCCUUUAACAUGCAAUCUCCACAGGGCCAUUGGUAAACCCCCGAGGCUGUAAAUUAAAACCGCUUUAUUUGAUAGUCAGCCCUUCAGAGGCCCCCUUUCUUCAAAACUUUGUAACUCUAGAGGUUUGUAGCAUGAAGUCAGCAUCCCUGAAGGUACAAGAUUUGGCAAAAUGGAUUUCAGUCAAGGAAUUUCGGGAAGGCAAAGGAUUUUUUUUUCUUUAACUCUAGCUAUAAUCUAACUAUUAAAUACUAGCCCUUGGCACUUUAACUGUACGUGAUCUGAUGAUGUACAACCAGGUAUUUGGUUCACUGUGCAUCAUGGGAAAUGUAGUUCAUAGCAGCUGGAGUGCCAAGGGUAAACCUGGUACAACUCUUAAUCCACAACAGCUGGAUUGCGAGAGGUCUGCUAAUUAUGUUGUGUAUACACAAGUUUGAAGGUCAGUCCUUAAAGAAAUCCAAAGAUCACCAUUGCUUGUGAUCUCCAUACUAGUCUAUAACUGCAUUCGUAACCAGAGAGUUAAAUGGUCACUUUUGGUUGGAUUUGACCUAUUUGUUUAACCAUAUACAUUUUGACCAAUGUUAUAAAUAAGAAAAUAAGGCCUUGAUUUAAUAUUUUCAGAUCAGCUUGUCAGAUUUAUUAUUUUUGGAUAAACUUUUAAAUGAUUUAAUAUUAUGAAAAAAAAAUACAAUUUUUAUUUUGAUAUUUUUGACAAGUGUGUGUGUGAAAUAAAUACAAAUAUAUAAUAUAUAUAAUUUAUUUAUUUGUGGUCGGUAAUAUUCAAGCCGUGUUAUAACAUUAUUGAUGGUACAGGUCAGUAGUGGUGUGCCAAAAUGGACGUUAAGGGUAGACCUGUAAUAAAAGAGGGCACCCCUGUAAAAUGAAUUUAAAGGAGAAGGGUGAGGUGGGUGGGUGGGAUGAACGGCACGGCAAAGGUAAGGUGGGGUGUUUAUUUUUUUUUUUAUAUAUAUAGGAACACUAACUCCUCCCACAAAUACAGCCUUUUGUCCUUUAAACAUUACAUACAUAUAUAUAUAUUGUAUUUUCUUAUAUUAUAACAUUUAAAAAAAAAAAAUUUUUAAAAAGCUUAUCCAAAAAUAUCAAAUCAUUUUAAAAGUUUCUUAUUAAAUUGAGACCUAAAGUUUACUAAACAUUUUGUAGUAUUGUAAUAACUGGAUUCUGCACCAAAGUGCAUAGCAAAUUCAAGAUUACAACAGAGUCAAUUAAAGUUUGAAUGACAGGUGAAUAUACAUCAUAUACCUUUCUGUUUUCAUGUGCACCUGUAAAUAUACCAAACCAGUGUUCACAAACCUAGGAGAUCUUUCAAACUGAUGAUCUUUGAGGCUUUCAGUGUUCCAAACAGACAGGCCAACUGCUUCCCUAGAUAUUUCUGUUUAGUUGCCGACAGACUGCAAUAUAGAGUGUAGUUAAAAAACAUGGACCUCAUAGGCUUCCUUUGGUUAAUGAAACUUUGCCCAUGUUUUAGUAGAGAGGUGAGCUACAUUCCAGUUAUAUGGUGAUUGGCUUUUUUUCUUCAGCAAGCUUUGGUUAAUCCCCUGCCAGUGUAAUGCAGUAAAUGGCUGAGUUGUCACAUGUUUUUACUGUCUCUAUAAAUCAUUUAUUCAAUUAUUAGUGACUUUAUUUCCCUUUCAGAAUGUCUGCUACAAAUCGUCAACUUUAUGAUUUUGCUGACAUCCCCAUUUCUACAAUAAUAUUUUAAUUGAUUCUUCUCUUGGGUUUUUCAGGCCCGGUGGUUCUGGGAGGGCUAUUUCCAGUCAAUGAAACACAUUGCGUUGGCGACCCUCCAAAUCAUCAACGACCGGAUCUACCCGUACGCUGCCAGGUCCUACGAGGAGUGGAAUGACCCUCUUUUUGUGGUGAGUGGAUUUAGGACAAAAUUACAUAUUAAGUACAAAUUGACAUUAAUCUUGUUACAAACACAAUCGAAGCCUUGCCUUUGUAUGUGUUCAAACUACAUGUCAUGCGCGACACUGAAAUGAAUGAGAAGUCUACUCCUCUGCUAAAAGCUGAGUAUACAUUAUAUAUCUGAGACUUUUAACAGAGAGCCCUAUUAACUUGUUCACUCCGAAUAAUGGGAAGCAAGGCUAUGCAUCCAGAUUACCAAUCUCCGGGCUAUUAAUUGCAUUCAAAGAAUCAUGGCAGUUGUAGUUCAGCAACCGCUGGAGGGCCAGAGUUUUUGAAUACCCUGGUUUAAAGCAGUGCUGGCUACCUUUGGUAUCCCAGAUGCUGGUAAAAUACAUAAACUCAUUGUACAUGGGAAAUGUUGUUUAACACAUCAUGAGUACAGGAGGCCGUGCAUUGUAUGUGAACCAGUCUCUUCCUGUAUAAUAUGUUGCAAACCCCAGUUGUAAACAAGUUGAGCCAGCUACCUUUACCAGAUAGUAAUCCAUAAUUAUAUUAAAGAGACACUCUGAGCUCCAUGACAGCACAGCUUAUCACAGUCCUCAGGUCUUUUUCAAGUUGGUUUAAAAUGAUUUGACAAAAAAAUGGGUCUCUCCUGAAACGCAAACCUGGCCCAUUUCCACAUUACGUGUAUACAUGUAUCCAAAUUUGGAUGCCAGCGACAACAUAUCCUGCAUUGCAUCUAGCACCAUGGCAACCAAAAAAAAACUUGGUGUACCUUUACCUUUAUGUUAGUCCAGGUCCUAUAUUUUACCCAAUUUUUGUCAAUCCCAAUUCCAGUACCCAGGUCUGCAAGUGUACUUUGACUUUGCGCUCUUAGAUGGACACAAGGCUGCUCAAGAAUAAAGUAAUGAAUAGUGUUUUUUUUGUUGUAUCCCAUCCACCCCUCUUUGCCUUCUUUUAGGGAAGUGUCUCUAUGAAAAUAUUCAAUCCCAGUCAAGCCGCCUGUGUCUUUACUCUUUGCCAUGUCACAAUAAAGUUGGCAUUUUCCAGAGAGUCUUCUGGGUAGGGAGAUAGAAGGGUUAAAUUUAUUCCAGUGGCGCCCUUUAACCGCUCCAGGAUGAGAAUCACGCUGAAAUUCUUUCUCAGAGUGUUCUGUGGAAAUACAUUGUGCAUAAUUGGAGCAAAACACAGAAUAAAUCAAGACUUUUCCUUUUUGUAAGGUCUGGUAAGUCAUAAUUGAAACCAUACACUGGGUUGAGGUUGGUAUUUGUUUUAAGAAAAAAAAAAAUAGAAACAUGAAAAUACUGUGAAAAAGCAAAAUGCUGCUCUAUACUCUUCACGACCAUGAUAGAAUCCGUUAAUUUAAAAAUAAAAAAGAGAAAAAGAAACCCCAAAACUAUUUUGAAGUUGGUGAAACCUUGCCAUUAUAUUGAAUGGCAUAAAAUCACUAAGAACAAUGUCUCGAGCUUAGUGGCAGUAAAGACCACUGUUAAUUGGCUAUAUUGUUUUUUUUUUUUAGAUUAAAAAAAAAUGUGAAAUUUGUCAACUCUGUCCUCCAUUUGUGCAUCACAAUGCAGCAUUGUUUUCAAAUGAAUUGUUUUUAUGAGGCAUAUGAGACCACAUGUCUUCCAACCUUUCAAAUGGCAAAGACAGAGUCUAUAGACUGCAGCAAGACACGCAGAGUUAUUUCAGAAUAUUUUAUUUGACUUCAUGACCUACUGAUAGCCAUUUGGUAAUUUUAAAGAAAAAUUAUACGUGUCUAUGCCAAAGUAGUAUUUUUACGCAAAGUGAUUUCUGUACGCCUUGGCUCUGUUUUAGACUGGUUACUGUGAUGCUCAAUCACACUACAUUUCAGUGAAUUAUAUUGCUGUGGAGCUCUGUGAUAUACUCCUACACAUUACUGUUUGAUUGCUGUGGAGCUCUGUGAUACAUUCAUAUACAAUGCGUAUUACUCUGAAAAGUGUUGCUGUGUGGAGCUUUGUGAUACUCAAACACACAACACACAACACAUUACUGUGAGUUGCAUUUCUGUGGAGCUCUGUGAUAGUCCUAUACAAUGUGCAUUACUUUACAUUUUCUUGCUGUGGAGCUCUCUGAUAUACUCAUGCACACCCCACAUUUGUAUGAGGUUUUUAAAGCUUUCAAGCUCCGUGAUAUUCAAUCUCCCUUCACGUUACUGUGAGUUGCAUUGCUUUGGAGCUCUGUGAUAUAGUCGUAUACAAUGUGCAUUACUGGGAGCUGCAUUGCAGUGGAGCUCUGUGAUAUACACAUUACUGUGAGUUUUAUUGCUUUGGAGCUCUGUGAUGUAGUCAUGCACACUCCUCAUUUCUGUGAGAUUUUAAAGCUCUGUGAUGUUCAAUCGCCUUCCCCAUUACUGUGAGUUUAAUUGUGGUGCUGUCAUGUGAUUUACUCAUAUCCACAACAAAUAAAAUACGCGUUUCAUCGGAAUUAAUGAGUUUGUUAUUCUGCCUUUCCUGCUUUUUCUUAUGUUCUGCUCUGAAACCAUAUACAUUGUUUAGGUGAUGUGAUCCCAUUAAGAAAUGCAGUUAAAAUGCCUGUUUAAUAUAGCUGUCAGUUUGCAUAAAGUUCAGUUAUUUUGACUGCUGUAUUCUUAGAAACUAUUUCUCCAUGUGGGCGUUGCUAGCCGUUUGUGGCUCCCAUGCCUGGGUCAAUAGGGCUUGCUGGAUAUAAAAGAAAAUCCAGCAUUUUGUGCUAUGUUUUUAACACAUUAGAAGGCUGAUCAUACUAAACUGAUAGUUGAUACUGUCCCCUUUUUUUCUUAUCUUGCAAUGCUGUCUCGUCUACUUACAUAAAUAUAUAUAUUUUAAAGGGACACUUUAAGCACCAUAACCACCACAGCUUAUGUAGUGGUUUAUGAUAUAAGGGGUCUUUGGUUGCUGUCUCACCAUUUUUUUUCCUUCUAAUUGUUUUUGAGCUGGUUGACAUAAAACAGGGCAUUCCUGGCACCCAGCUCCGGUCCCCAAUGCCACGGCCGAGAUAGAGGAUAUUCACUCCUCAUCCGUACAAGUUGUGACAGUAAUGAUAGUCUGCAAACACCGGGCCACAAUAAGGGGCCGCAUGAAUUUGUGUGAACCUUUUAAUUUUUGGUUCCGUUUUUAUGCUGGCCUAAUUGUUGAGAUUUUUUUAAUCAAAAGUCUUUGUUUUCUUGUUGAUACUGUAUUUUGUUUUUUCUUCUGGGAAGCUUAGCUAUGCAUCCACUACUUUAGUAAUCUUCCUUCUCCCCCCCCCCUCACCUCUCACACCUCUAUUAAUGGAGCUGAUCCUCUUAUUCUUCCACUUACCUAAACAAAUAAAUAAAUAAAAUAAAAAAAAGGUGGCUCAUACCUCUGUUGUUUAGCUCAUUUAUUAUUGUUUUAUUAUCAUUUAUAUAUCGCCAGCAAAUUCUGUAGCGCUGUACAAUGGGGGGGACUAACACACACAUAAUUGUAACCAGACAAAUGGACGCACAGGAACAGAGGUGUUUUUCCAUCCUUGUUAGAGGUGUAAACACCGUGUUAGUCACUGAUAUAGGUGAAAAGCCUACAUGAGUAUCUAACAUGCCUAAUAAAGGACUGUUCAUGUUCUUACCACAAGUUUCCAAUUGCACUUCUUGGCUUAAGUGCCCACUUCUGAUAUUGGCUUAAGUGCCCACAUCUGAUAUUGGCUUUAUCUCAUCCUUUAUGUUUAUCUACAAAUUAUUCUACCUAUGGAUUUACAUAAUGCAAAAAUACAUUCCUAUGUAUUUAGUGGGUCUCAGGUAGUAUAUAGGUGCCUGGGUAACUCCCCACAAUAUGUUGCUUACUGUAGUGGCAUUGUGUUCCGUAGUGUAAAGACGAACCCUUUCCCAGAGGGUUUUGGUGCUUUGUACGAUGUAUUUUAAUUGUAUUACACUUGAUAAUAGAUCACCUUCAAGGUGCAGUGUGCUUAAUUUGGGGUCUUCCAGUGCAUAAUUACCUGUAUAUUUGGCUACUUAGCAGAAUCAAUUUCAGAACAAGUGUUUGACAGCAUCACUAAGGCAAUAUGUCCUCCUUGUUAUCUGUGUGUUUGAACAAGUAAUCAUCUCUAUUGGCCAGGAAACAAUCAUUGUGCCUCUAGAGACCUCUACCCAAUGCUAAAUAGCGUAGUGGUAUUAGAGCUGGUAGAUUUCACAAGUCGUGUCACAGCCUGCCACCAUAAUGGGGCUAUAAAUGGCCCCUGAUGUUAAGCGCCUGUUUGCCUUUCUGUCCGACAGGGGUGUCUUUAAGUCCCCUCCCUCCCAUUCCCAUUGAGUUAUUGGCUCUCAAUGAGCCUGAUUUCUCCUUUUGAAAGGAGAGAGGUCAGGAGGUCUCAGACAGCAGACACACAGGCAGGGGGUCGGCUCUUAAAAGCACUUGAGAAUAAGUCCUAAUAGACCCAUUUGAAAGAGUUUUCUUUACAGGGGCACUUGAUGCUGGAAACAUUUAAUGUUUGACCUGGCCCGGCUGUCAGUGUGUUAAUGAUUUUGUAGCAUAGAACUUGGUCUCUGGUGUUCAAUUCUUAUCCGUUUGCAGGUUUUCGGCUGGUCUUUGAGCCCUGCGCAUCAGUCAGAGUGUGUGACCAUUCCAGACACUCGUCAUUUACGCUUUUAGAUCAUUGGUAAACUAUUGAGUUGGCAGUCUAGGUAAUUUGCUUUCAACAGAUCUAGAAAAUCUUUUUUGCUGCCACUGAUGGAACUAUAGAUCGGACAAGUGUCUCUCUAUGCAAAAGGCAAUCUCAUUUAUUGAAGCAUAUUGGAAAGUAAUGAAUUUAGUGGCCCGUUUGGAGAAAUUGCCUGAAAUUGUAGCUGCAGUUAAAGCAUCGCUUUACGAAUAGACUCCAUUGUGCACGGAGUAAACAAAAUAUAAACUAUAAGAAGAAUGGCCAAUUAUCAGGGUAUAUAUAUAUUCUUUCAGUUCACAAGCCAUUUUGCACUGUACAUUUAUUGCUAAUUAUUCUAAAUUACAUAACGGCAUUUUAUGUAAAGUGAUACUAAUUCCCCAUGAUUCCUUACUUGCACAGUUUGCUUAUAGCCGACACAAAUUGCACAUCUCGCAACGCGUAGAAGUUUUAAUCUGGUACAUCAUUGGCUUCAAAGAGAAUCUAGAUUGAGAAAUCCAGAAUAUGCAAUAAAUUUAUUGCAAUAAAUGUCCAGAAUUAUGGAACAUGAUCCAAAGAUGGUGGUUGUGGGCCAGACUCACAGAGGAGUAAGAGAAUUAAGAGGAAUAAAUAAUAAAUAAACAAUUUAAUCCUCUUUGAGGUGUUUGUGUGCAGCAGGCUUUAAAUGUACAUUUUGGAUUCUCCCUGUCCCAGAUUUUUUAAUUAAAGGGAAACCACCUUCAACAUACAGUAUUCAAAUGCAUUUGUUUUCUAAAUCACCAACUUAUGAGUUUGUGUGAAUGUUUGCAGAAGCAGAACUUUUUCUUUUUCUUUUAUAUUGCUUCUUUUCUGUCCACCAGCUAAUUCGUUGUGCAUCCUUGAAGUCUGCUUUCUUGCUAAACUAAAACUAUAGCUUGAUCUCCGUUUCAGGCUUGGCUUUUGAAAUCAUUUUAUGCCACGUUUAAUGGUUUGGUAAAAGAAACCUAAUGUCUAAUGUGCUUGCAAAGCUGUAAUGAAAAUACUUUGUCAUCUACACAUUUCUAGGGGGAAAGGGUCUGCUUUGAAAUACCUUAAUUGUCCCUACAUCAUGUUGAAAUUAAAUGUUAUGGGCUAUAUUUCAAAGUGCCAUCUCUUUCUUGUGCAGAUAGAGCCCUGCGUAGUACGUGUAAUAUUAUAUGUUUUAAAUAUUUUUAUUGCACCUUGCCUGUGUUAAAUCCUUAAAUACCCUUUUCAAACCAAUGAGUUUUCUUUAUCAUUUUCUGCACGGUGAGAUUACUGCGAAACCAGACUGAGCAAGGCUUACAUCUGUACAUCCCUCUGAUUAUGUCAAAAUAAAUAUUCUAGAUAGCCAUAUGAGGUUACCUUUUAAUUACUGCUAAGUGAAUAGAAUGCAUUUGAAACCUGCCCCAUAAAAAUUUUUUCUUUGUAAACUUGUGCUGGCCAUCCCGGGGUAAUUCAAUAGCUGUGGAUAACCUACAGACCGUGACAUUCAGUAUGUUAAUAUUUUGUGCGGGUGAUGAGGAUCGGUUCUAGCUGCAAAGUUAGUUGGGUGACAUACGGCUAGGUGCUAUGAAUUUUGACUUGUUUGCAAAGAACUCUGUAAUACUGUAAUUGGUAGUGGCAAAGUAUUCUGACUUAUUCCAAGUGCAGGACUGAGCUUCUGAAUAUGCAUCACAGAGCUUUCAGCCACUAAAGGGGGACAAAAGAAGCCCUGUAUACUGAAAUGAUGUAUACCUAUAAAAUAACAAAAACCUACUUUCAGCUUUCAUUCCUUUCGGCCUAAAAGCAAAUAAUUUGAACACAGGUCUUGGAGUCAUUGAAGCUAUUUAAAGCGUGUGUUGUUAGCUCUGUUAAUGUUAAAUAAUGCAUAGUGUUCUCCUCAAAAGUUUUGUUUUAUAAUCCUUUGCGGAUUUAUUUGCAUAGCCUGCAUUCAAUGCGUUAGGGUUGUAUCCGCUGCUUUUGCCAUUGUCUAGAGAUGAGUGCUGCAGCUUUAAUGACAUAGAAUAGAUCAAUGCUGCUGCAGGUAUAGUUACAUGGAAAACUCAAAUUGAGCCCAACUUGCAGAAACCUAAUGCUUGAAUUUAUGUGGGUCGGUUAUCAGUUGGUACCCUGCCUUCCUCAUUGCUGUGUGCAUUGCCAUUGCCAACUCCUCCACUUUCCCCUAACAUCAGUCUCCAUCAGGAUGAGCUCCUAUGAAAGAUUUGACGUUAUCGAAAACAACGUCAUAGGAACCAAAAACUGCUCACCGAAUGGCUAACAGCCAAAUUGUGCUUGAGAUGUGCUAAAUAAUUGUCAGUUUUAGGGUUCAAAUUUAUGACAUUUUGAUAUGACGCCAUUUGGAAUAUUGUAACUAUUUCACCGCUUAAAUGAUUGUCUAGAUGACUACUUUAGCUAUAAUCAAAUUGCUCAGGGCCGAUACUACAUCUCUAGUCUGUUGGAUCACUACUACAUCUUGUCAUUGCCUUGCAUUGUCUAGUAGCUGUCGCUACCAUUGUCUAGAUGACUGCUAUUGGUCAAAUGGAUCAGGAUCAAUACUGUUACUGGUUCUACUAUAAAUUCCUUAUCACCAAGUAUAUUCACUUACACCGCUGAUUAUACACUCAUUUGGCUAUUAAUUGCUUUAUUGCUCUGAUUAUUCACUGGUUCUAAUACAAAUUGCUUUAUCACUCUGAAUACCAAGUUUAAGAAGUGAGGUAUUUAUAGGCAAUGUUUGUACAUGUUCCUGUUGGCAUUUUCACCUCCCCAUCAAAUCCGAACACAGGGGGAGAUAGAACAUUAUCCAGUAGACAGGUGGUGCAAAAUUCCAAUAUUACCAUGGAAACUACGGGAAUGGUCCUAGAGAUCCCACUUGUUUCCAUGGUGAUUGUUCAGCUGUUAGAACUUUGCUCACUUUACAAAUAGCAUCAAGAUGAAUUCUUGUUCUCAUUCAUUGAUAAUCUUAAAUGAAAUUAUGGUCCCUUCAUUGUGUUCUGGGAGGGUGAAAGCUUAAAUCCAGCCCCCCGCAACGUAAUCACUUCAGUUAGCUAUAGUGGUUUUGGGCUGGUAGUGUCCCUUUAAGGUAAGCAUUCUCCGUAUAGCUGAAAUGUACAUAUUGGCUGCAUUAAUAUUUUUUUUUUCUAUACACUGAAAUAUCACAACCUCCUUAUAAAAUGGCAACCACUUAAUUUCCCAUAAUACCCAGGUCCAAUAAAUGAUGUAAGUGCAUAUGUUUAAUUUAUUUGCCCAAGGGUAGCCUUGAUUUAUUUUAUUCUAUGGGAAGGUAAUUGUGGUUCUGUGUGUGUUUUGUUUACAUGGUAUUGUAAAGCAUCAAACUUCAUGUAUAUUUCUCUAAUGACGAUUAUUUUUUUUCCAUAAUCCUUCUUUUGUCCAACACUAGCCUGGAACCUAAGUGUAGAUCUGCCUAUGUAAUUGCAUGGCUUGUAAAGUUGCUGAUUAACUUGUUACUGCUUGCAUUUUUGCUGGGAAUUAUUUUGCCUUCCACAGUUAUGCCUUACUGACAUUUUCCUUGUAUUUUGAACGCUUUUCUAAUAGUUAUAAGCUAUAAGCAUUUUUCCCACUGAAGCUAAUUUAGCAAAAUCCUGCUUUUCAUUUGCUAUUUACAUUGCUAGCUUGCUUUGACACAUUUAAACAUCUGUGAUGCAAGGCUUGCACAAAUGUUUUGACAAUCCCGGUACUAUAGUUGUUAUUAUUAUUUUAUUAUUUAUAUAGCGCCAUCAGGUUCUGUAGCGCUGUACAAUUGGUGGACUUACAGACAUGUAGUUGUAACCAGACAACUGGACGUACAGGAACAGAGAGGUGGAGGGCCUUGCUCAAUGAGCUUACAUUCUAGUUCCAUGUAUAUGUACAAUAUAUUGCAAAUGCCACAGAAUGGGAAUAGGGAACCCAGGAAGUAAGGGACACCCAUAGCUAUAGGUUCUACUAAAAUAGAUGUCUUACCCCUAAACCAUCACAUAUUACAGGAAGACACAUUUAGCUGUGCAUACAUGCCAGUUAACAAAUAAGUGUUUCUCUUUAAGUAAACCUAUUGUGAUAACAAGUUAUUAAAGAGAAAAAAAAAUUGAUCUGAUUGGUUGAAUCAUCCCAACAGUAACCAAAAUUCAGAACAAUUAUAUAUUUUGCUGUCACUAAACUAAAUGUGUGCCAGAUACAGAUUAUCUCAGCCCAAGGCUGGAUAGCUUAUGCAACAGUCACAUUUUGUGGAUCAAUGUUAAUCUAUUCAUUUGUGUUUUUUAAAAUUGCAUUUAUUUAAUUUUCUAUUUUUUUUUAAUUUUAAGUCAACAGACCUAUGUGUUUAUUGAUUUACGUCAAGUGGUGCACGUUACCCUGUGCCACUUCACCCCUCCUCUGUCUGUGCGGCACUGGUUGGCGCUCUUAUUAGGAACAGACUGUGUGCCUUCUAGCUUGCCAACCCCUCUGGGUUCCAUCUCUUUGGCAGGACUCAGGAGAAACAGCUUAAAGUUCUUAACAGGUUUGCCCUAAUUAAAAUUCAAAUCUUGUAACUCUGCAAAAUCAAUCUUCGCAACGCGCUCUGUUAUUUCCCCCACUUCAAGUUUAAUGGAUUCCUUGGCCAUUUUUUCUUGCAGAACAACAACCGUAGUUUUGUUUGAGUUGUUAUUUAAUCCGUCUGUAUUGCGGCCUCUUUAUUUACUUUUUUAUUUUACAUGCCCAUUUUGUGUCAGAGUUCUGUAUCUGCCUCACUCUGUUCCAUUUCCUUUCACAAGGGAAAAAGGGGACGAGGGAGAGAGAGAAUGAAAAGUCUUAGGACUUCCAGUGAUGCCCAGGCUGGGACUACAGACAGUAUUUUCCAGUCUCUGGAAUCCAUACUAAGCCCAGCUGGCUGACAGGGAUCAUGCUUUCUCUCUGUUGCCAUUUCUAAAUCAUUUAAACCCACCUUUUAAAUACCUUUAUGUUGGACUAGACCUCCUGUUAACUCUUCAAGAUUGAGAAGGUUGUUUUAAAAUAUAUACCGGUAAAUAAAAUAAUAAAUGGUUGUCUGAGAAUACUUGUUACAUUUACGUGUUUUUUAUUUUUUUAUUAUUCUUUAUUUUUUUUCCUGCUCAUAGGUGCGAGAAGGGCAUAUAAUCGUUAUGUACAGACAUUGUAGAACAGUCAGUAACAAUCUGAUAUUAGCCUUUGAACUGGUUAUAAUUCGGCAGAUAGUACAGAGCUGAGGGUUUUGAGUAUUUAAGGAAUUGCUACUGUCUGGUAUGUCUGUUCGUGCCUAUGUAAGGUCCGUGGCUUGGGUGGCGCUAGUAGGUGAGGGAGCAGUCCCCGCUAUGUGGGUUCUCCGUUUUCCGUACGUACUCCCCUGGGUAAGGGAGUGCUCCUGAUCGUAGGUUGCAGGACCAGUUUGUAACAUUUACUUUUAUCCGUCAUCUUUUUAAUCUAAUUUCUUCUCUAAAGUUCUUCACUUUUGUCAAGAAUUGAUAAGUCACUCAGUGCACUAAAGUGGUCAGUUGAUUUCAUCAACCGAGGCAUUUUUCUUGCCAUAUGUGUGAGUAGAGUACAUUGUGAAGUGAAUACUAAAUUGCUACUUUGGUUAUGGUGACGAGAGUACCCAAGUACCAGACCUCCUGCACCGUGUGGCCUACGAAUGCAGAGGUUAAUAUUUGCUUGAAGUGACAUCGGAAAGGGUGCUUGUGAGUACGAAUACGUACGAUGGUAGUCCCUACACUCCUCCUCACUGCGCCUGUACAAACGCAUGGUUGGUGUUGUGGGAGGUCAUCAUAUGCAGGGACAGUAAAUGUGCUGAUGAUAGCCACACAAUGGGUGCUCUCAGUUUGUUGAUUGGUUCCACUCAUCAUUUGUGAUAUGGCAUUUAUUGUUUAACCCCUUAAGGACCAAACUUCUGGAAUAAAAGGGAAUCAUGACAUGUCACACAUGUCAUGUGUCCUUAAGGGGUUAAACAUACUGGACUCCCAAUUUUCUCUGAAGUUAAACAUCUAGCAAUGACUGUCUAUUAAUCAACUGAGUUGAGUGCGUAGCUCUCUGAAAACCAUUUCAAAGUGGAAACAUAGUCCUGUUAUGAGCCAUAUCUGCUAAUAUAGAGAAGCAGAAAUAGAUUGUAUGUAUUGUCUUGUAAGACUAUCUGUCUCUGUGACCUUCUUAGCUGAGUUGCUGUUUCAUUUUCAUUAUUCUAGAAAUGGAGCAGUGUAUCCAAUCCUCUGUUCCUGCCGCUGAUCCCUCCACAGUCGCAAGGAUUCACUGCCGUAGUGCUAACAUUUGACCGUGUUGAAAGCCUGUUCCGUGUUAUCACAGAGGUGUCUAAAGUACCAAGCCUGUCCAAGUUGCUGGUGGUUUGGAAUAACCAAAAUAAGAGCCCACCUGAAGGUAAGUGUAUAAGGUUCUAAGAAUGCAGUAUUGAUCACUAUUAUGCUACAAAGUACUCAUCGGUUAGUUGGUGCCAGAGCUGUGGUGUGAUUAUGUUCACCCAUAUGUGAUCUGACAGAGCUUAGUGUUGUAUAUGAUCUCUGGGACACCACGUGUAAAGCUAGGUGGAGUGGAAGUGAAGUUCUAAUCUGCUAGAAAGUCACACUAAAUUUUGGCCUUGUUACUUAAAAACAAAAUAAUAAUAAAAGUACACCCUACAUCAGCCACUGUAACCGUUAUAUUAAAGUCUAUUUAUUUCCUGUUGUGUACGGUAGAGGUAUUCUGUUUCUUUACUGCAAACCAUUCCAAACUAACUACAUUUUCCAUGCGCCCAAUUUUUGUGUUGAUUACCAUAUAUACUCAAGUAUAAGUCUAGUUUUUCAGCACAUUAUUUGUGCUGAAAAAGCCCCACUCGACUUAUACUAGAGUCAGUGUCUGUAUUAUGGCAACAUUACAUGCCCGGCGGGCCUGUUGGGGGCUGGCAGAUAGUUGUUACGUACCUUCCUGCAGCUCCUGUCAGCUCCCUUCUCCUCCACUGUAAGUCUCGCGGUGUGACUGCCGCGCGGAGCGUUGCCACGGUAACCCGUGGCAACGCUCUGACCCCGCGGCUCUCGCGAGACUUACAGUGGAGCUGACCGGACCAGAGGAGAAGGGAGCUGACAGGAGCUGCAGGAAAGGUAAGUAACAGCUCUCUGCCAGCCCCCCUCCUACACAGCCCAUCCACUGGACCACCAGGGAAUGAGAGCCCCCCUCCCUGGCCAGCUAAUAAGCAGGGAGUGGGGACAAAAAUAAAAAUUAAAUAAUAAAAAAAUUAUAAUAUUACAAUAAAAAAAUGUAAAUAUUAAAAUUAAAAAAGUAAAUAAUAAAAUAAUAGUAAAAUUAAAAAAAAUUUAUAUUAAAAUUAAAAAAAUUAAAAAUAAUAAAAAUGCCCUCCCCCACCCAGUUCAUACACACACACACACACUGCAUUAUAUACACACACACUGCUUAUAAAUACACUCAUACAAACACACACUCUGCAUUAUAUACACACACACUCUGCAUUCACACAAACACACACACACUGCAUAUAUAAUGCAGUGUGUGUUUGUAUGAGUGUGUCCGUAUAUAAUGCAGAGUGUGUGUUUGUAUGAGUGUGUGUGUGUAUAAUGCAGAGUGUGUGUUUGUAUGAGUGUGUGUGUAUAUAAUGCAGUGUGUUUUUGUAUGAGUGUGUGUGUAUAUAAUGCAGUGUGUUUUUGUAUGAGUGUGUGUAUAAUGCAGAUUGUUUGUAUGAGUGUGUAUAAUGCAGAGUGUGUGUUUGUAUGAGUGUGUGUAUAUAAUGCAGUGUGUUUUUGUAUGAGUGUGUGUAUAAUGCAGAUUGUUUGUAUGAGUGUGUGUGUAUAAUGCAGAGUGUGUGUAUGAGUGUGUGUGUAUAAUGCAGAGUGUGUGUAUAAUGCAGUGUGUAUGAGUGUGUGUGUGUAUAAUGCAGUGUGUGUGUGUGUGUGUGUGUGUGUGUGUGUAUAAGUGUGUGUAUAUAAUUAUAAAAAUCACAAAAUUUCAUAGCCCCAAGUUUUACCCUCGACUUAUCCACGAGGCAUAGCAUAUUUCACAAUUGUUGGUCACAAAACUGCACUCGACUUAUACAUGAGAUUGACUUAUACACGAGUAUAUAUGGUACUUAUCGCUAGCAUGUGAACAUAUUGCCAGUUAUGAUAAACUGGUAGCUUUGAUAAACUGGACGCUUUGCAUGGGGUGUUCAUAAACAACCAAAAGCAACCAAUAAGAGCGAAAGAGUGCUUGCCGGGUAUAUGUAGUUGAUAAUGGAUUAUUUGCCAUUAGGAGAGACUGUCUGGGCCUGACUUCUUGUACAGAGUAUAUGGAGCACAGGCAGACCCAUAAAUAAUGGCAGACUGUGUCCCAUAAUGACAUUUACACUUUAAAGCCUCUGCCGUUUAUUGACCAUUAAUGACAGGAUGUUUUUGAAGACUUAAACCUUGAGGAAUGGGUUUGAAGUCAGUAAUGCCUGACAGUGUCAGAUAAGACCUUCCCUAUUGCUUUAUUUUAUGACCACAUCCAUUUGUUUUUAAUUGCCCUAUGGAAACUCUUAUGCUUUAUAGCUAUCUCUUAGAUAUGCCCAACUUUGUCCACAGUUUUCGAACUACAAUUCCCACAAUUCUUUUCUUGAUAAUGGUAGGUUAAAGAAUAAUGGGAAAUAUAUAAAAAUAACACUGUAUACACACCUUUGGAUAGGUGGAGAUUUACUGUUAAUCCAAAGAUUUGCCAGCAUGGUGUGUUUAAAGUUAUUCUUACCUAAAUCUAGCACGUAGCUUCCCGUGUAUGGGUGCUGAGUUGUGGUAUGCUGAGAUGACACUUUUUUUCAUUAUUGUAGAUGUAACAGUAAAUAUUAUUAAGGUAAAAAAAAAAACAUGGUGAUAAAACUUUAUUAAUUUGAAUAACACAAUGUAUACUUGAAAUGAUUUAAAUCUUUUUUUUUUUUUUUCAUUCUCUGAAAAAGUGACAUCAAUUCAUAGUUGUCAAGAUUGUUGCACCUUAAGACACAUAGGUUAUAAAAAAUAAGAAAAUAUUUGUAUGACGUAUUUAUUUCAUGGAGGUAAAUUUUUGCCACAUUCUCUUUGUUUAAAAAAAAAAAAAUAAAGUUGAAAAGAAAUCCACAUUGUGUUUGAGAAGUUAAAGACUCUGCUUUCCCCCCAAAAAUUAUAUUUUCAAACACUCGAUAGAAUCAAUUCUGCGAUGUGAAUGAUUAUAUGUAAAUAUGCUGUCAUAAUGUGUUCAUAUUGCAGCACUGUGCAAAGUACUUCAUCUACGUGCUCUGCGAGGUUCACCGCUUUUACGGUAGCCAACAAGGGUGAUAAUUAGGAAGCCUGCAUUUGACUGUGGCUUUGAAAUGUCUGCUGAGGGAUUGUUUCUUUGGCUCCCUGAGCUCCCAACUUUAAUUUCAUUUAAAUAAAUAGUGCGGUUAGACGUUUUAAAACUGCAGGGAAUAUGUAUACGUAGACAGAAGCGAAAACGGGCUUUAAGUGUAUUUAUCUUCAUUUUCGGUUCCUUUCAUGCCCUGCUGCUACGCAGUCAUUUUAUUUAUUUUUAAACUGCAAGGGAAAUGUGUUUGGAAGUUAAUCCGCUGCCACUCAAUAGAUUAAAUCGAGCACAAUUAAAGGUGCUCCGUCAACUAAAAUGUUUUUACUGCAAGCAUAUAAAAAUGUCUCGAUUCUGCCUGUGACAUUGCCUUAGCGUCUAAUGCAUAUUUAUUUUUCAUAGCAGACUGAUUUGAACCUGUUUUAUUCAUUUGAUCUAUACAUUUUAGCUGCUGCUCCCACACGUAAAAUGUUAUAGCUGUUUUUUUUUUGUUUUUUUUUUUAAUUGUGUGCUGUGUUGACACUGACGUGACGUGCAGCAGAGAUAAACAAACACACUUCCUUCUAAUGCAAAGAGACGCAGCCAUCUUUGCUUUUCUUCCGAUUAUACUUUAUGUGCACACUUCUUAUCAUGAGGGUUAUGCUACUUCUUUAAAAGGUGUUUUAGUGAAAUUUGUACAUUUAAAUAUUUUUCUGACAUUUUACUUCUCUCCUAACAGUUUCUCUUUGGCCCAAGAUCCGCGUACCCUUGAAAGUGGUGAGGACCGUUGAGAACAAACUGAGUAAUCGUUUCUUCCCGUAUGAUGAGAUUGAAACAGAGGCUGUGCUGGCCAUUGAUGAUGACAUCAUUAUGCUGACCUCGGAUGAGCUGCAGUUCGGUUAUGAGGUAUGUGGCCGAGUUCUUCCUCGUGUGAUCUUAUUUAAAACCUGAACGGAGAUUUGUUCACAGAAAUGGCUUUCUGUUUUUAGUUUAUUCGAAGAUACAGUUGCCCCUUGUCUAGUAACUUUUUAAAAUAGACGUGGCUAGCAGUCACACGCCCAAACUAGGGUGGUCCCUGGGACUCUUGACUGCACUGAGGAUUGCGUGCAUGUGUUUAUGUAGUGGUGGGACUUCUUUUCAUUCUCUAAUAACAGACAAGGUUGAUAUAAUUUUUGUUUUGUUAACUCUAUUCAAAAUAAUGAGCAUUAAGACAGUUUUGCAGCUCCUUAAAAUAAGCCCUGUCUGUAGGUGAAGGUCUUCUUGGGUUGUUCCUAAAUGGUAUAUAACCUACCUAUUCAUUGCUCUAAAGCUGAUGAUUUAUUUAUUUGUUUUCUUCUCUACCUGCUCUGGAGGGGAGGCUUAUACAUUGGGGGUUAUAGUAAUCUUUUGCUGCUUGUAUUAAUCGUGUACAGCGGUUUCAUUCAUGCCCUUUUAUGACUGAAACUGCUGCCUAGUGCCGAGCUUUGUAUAUGUCAGAUUAAUUGAAGCACGUAGACUGGCUGAGAAUUCCCUAUCACAACCAAGUUCUGGCAGCAAUAAUAUAUAUUAAUAUGAUGAGACCCAUGAGGACUAAACUGGAGUCCGUGUCUGGUUUGUAGUCACUGAUCCUUUUGGAUCAUAGACCACGCUUGUUUUAAAAUUAAAAUAAAGGUUCUGUUUAAAAGUGUCCAUUGCUAAGGGUAUCUUCAGAAAUACAGUAUGUACUCAGAAACCUAAUUCCAGUCUGUGCUCAUAUGAAUGUAAACAUCUAUAUACAACUCCAUAACAUGUUUGAAAAGAUGUGCACAGGUGUUAUUUUGGUUUACCUGCAGGAUAGUAGAAAUAUUGUACAAGAAGAAUUGUGGAUUUCUGGAAUUGCUUCACAAUACAGGUAUCUGGAGUGAAUUUUAGAGUGAAAGGUCAAGAACACUUGGCAUAGAUACUGUUGUUUUGGGCACGAUCUAAAAUGAAGAAUAAAGUUUACUCUUUUUUUAGAAGUUUCUUCACUUUAAGUCACUUUAAAUGUUUCUUGGAAACACAGCUUUUAGAUUCAUGCAAGUUCUUCUUAACUUGACUGGAAAAGGGACAAAAAUAAAGCUCUAUUUUUGUUUUAUUGUUUUUGUUUGUUUUUUUUUCCACUCUUGGGCCAGAGCCAAAAUUGGAGCCAUAUUUGUACCGAAUGACUAAAGCAAAUUGGGGUUGGUUGAAGUUUUUUCUCCUUGGACUUGUACAUGGGCGUACUGCUCUUUCUGAAGGUUACUGCCAGUCUCGAAGGAUGGGCAUAAAAGCCCUCUUGGUGCCAAUUGUCAGACUGUGGGAAAUCUGUCGCUGAUAAAGCUUCAUGCUGAGUUCUGUUUACUUUAGGGACAUAUAACAUUUUCAAUUUAUUGGUCUUUUACCCAUAAUGUCAUCUGGGAACAGGCAUGGAUGAUUAAUGUCUCCACUAUUGGAGCUUUUGACGUAUUGCUUGUGUAAUGUGCAUAUUUGUGUCUACGCUGUCAUUGCUGUGUGUGUGUUUGUGUUUAUUUACAUGUAUUUACCCAUGUAUAAAUUAUUACAUUGUGGUCUCACUUUGUCAAGUGUGUGGAGAAAGAAUUAUAUAUUACAUGUUUAAACAGAAAAAUAUUUAGUUAAGUACAAUUAUUUAAUAUUAUGAUGAAUGUGUAUAUAUGUAAAGGCAAAUCUUACAUAGAUUUUAAACUAGUGAACAAUUUGUUUAAUAGUUGUGGAGCUCUUUGCAAACAGCCUGACACACAGGUUAAAUUACUAGAAGUUGACUAGAACUUAUAGAGGUGUGGGGAGCUGCAGUGGGCAUAUGCUGUUCACGAUGAGUGUGCUGUACAGGUAGUGUGUGGGUUAUAGGAGGUGUCGAGAGCUGGAGUUAGUGUGCUGCUCAGGUUGUGUGGGUUAUCGGAGGGGUGGGGAGCAGGAGUGAAGACGCUGAUUAUCAAUGGAAAGGUUAUGGUGCAGAGCGUGCUCUGCACUCCUUCUCCCUGCUGACAGUGGUGUGAGCAGAACACCACUUUAAUAUACAGCAGAAUUUGUUGAGCUUGCCUUAAAGGGACACUAUAUUCACCAAAACAUCUUGAGCUCGAUGAAGCCAUUUUAAUGUUUAGAUCUUCAGUCUCACUGGUUGAUACUCUGCCAUUUAGGAGUUAAAUCACUUUUGUUUCAGCUUAUACCACCCUAGCCACACCUCCACUGGCUGUGACUGACAUGACCUGCAUUAAAAAAAAAAAAAUGGUUUCAUUUUCAAUCAGAUGUAACUUACUUUAAAAGUGUUUAACUCCUGAUCUGUAAAUUGAGCUUUAAUUAUAUACAGAAGGCUCCUGAGGGGUCUAGUAAGUUAUUAGCAGAGUAGGAGAUAAGAAAAUCUAAAUUUGAUUAAUUUACAAUUAAUAAAGUGUAAACAUUAAAUGACUCUUUCCAGGAAGUGUUUAGGAAGGCUGUGUACAUCACAGGCAGGGGGUUGUGCCUAGGGUGCAUAAACAAAGUGAUUUAACUACUAAACUGCAGAUAAGAGCAGUGAAACUGCUUAUUUAUUCACCAAAACUUCAUUAAAGUUGUUUUGGUGACACUAGUGUCCCUAUUUUUUUUUUUUUUUUAUAACUGUCUGUUUAUUGGUUUGGGAAAAGCUCUAUCCUUUGUUUACAUUACCCUUCUUUAAGGGUAUGCACUGCUUAAAGUGAUAGUAACAUAAGUGCUCUCCAGGUUUAAAAGUGAAUCAUAAGGAAAGUUCCUUUCAGCAGCUGCAUCUGAGCGUCCGCGUCAGGCAAGCCUGUUCUACUUGCACGUCUAACAUGCUCAAGAGAAGGGGAAAGGUGGAAAGCGUAUUCCAUCAUUCUUCAUCUGAAAGCAUUGUCUGGACUAACUUUCUUUCAGACCCAAGCCUGUAAAUCAGCAACAUUUAAUGUAGCCAGUAGCAUGUUGAACAUUUUGGGGUGCUGCUAAUGAUUGCCCAGCCUGUUCUCAUUUACCUGUAUUCUUGAUCCUGUUGUCAGCAGUUUGAUUAUGAAUGGAGUGGUAGAGAUGGGGGUCUGAUUGCAUCCAGCUGCCAGCCACGUUACCGGGGGGGUAUGUCUGCUGCGGCGAUACAAAACCAUCACAUCUUCACCCCCCAACCCUGUUUUUUUUCCCCACCAUCUCCCAUGACACUUGCUGUAGUUGUGUCUGUCUCGCCCUGUCCAACAGAGUGGCAUUUCCCCUCGUUUCUUUCCUCAUUUUUAUCUAAUUUUUUUAAAGACAGUAUUGCAAACUUAUGUGCAUGUGAUAUAUGCUAAAAGGUUGCUCUCUUUAACAAAAACAUAUUCUCACCACAAUUCUCCUGGGUUGAGGAAAAUAUUCAGGGGUAGGGAUAUAUGAAUUGUUGGCUUACAUACACAUGUUACCUAUUUUAUUAUGAUGUUCAUAUUCAUCUUUCUUGAUAAGAUAUUCAUUUGUCACUUUGGAAAAUCAAGUUUAUUAUUCAAGGUGCCUUGCUUCCUAAAAACGUUACUUUACUGCAUUGAUGGAAUAUAUUAUCUAGAACUCUUUCGAUGUAUCAAAAUUCGCCUGUCUUUCUAAAUUCUGCAUGUUUUGGUCAACAUUGCCUAUUAUAGUAUGAUCCUUCAGAUCUGACCGACUGCAUCUCAUGCUGGAUUACAUCACGUUAGGGCAAGUAGUUGACAUCACAAUCUUUAGACCUUAAAUUGUUCAUGAAUGCUUUUCCACGGGCCCCUUCCUCUAACUCAAUUCCUCUUUCUUGCACAGGUUUGGAGGGAGUUCCCAGACAGGCUGGUGGGAUAUCCGGGUCGACUACACCUGUGGGACCACGAGAUGAGCAAGUGGAAGUACGAAUCGGAGUGGACCAAUGAGGUUUCAAUGGUUCUGACUGGAGCAGCUUUCUACCACAAGGUAUUACUACAGUUUGUGGAAUGAUUUCUACACCUGCAAAGGGAUUAAGAGACAGCAAUAAUAAUGUCUAAAUGUGAACCUUCCUUGUCUUGAUUUGCUUUUGUUAAAGUGACUGACAUCAUGCGUUGUCACUUUAAAGUAUACAGUUUAAUAAAUAAUUUUUUUUUAGCCAAAGUGUUAGUAAAUGUGUCGAUGUAUUUGAGUGUGUUUGUGUGUGUGUGUGUAUAGAUAUAUAUAUACAAUAUACACAAUCCUGCGCACUCGCUUAUUAACUAAACAAUGAUUUCAAAUCCUAAAUAGUUUUAUUUAAAAACACCUCUACUAGGUAAAAAAUAAUGGGGGUUUGGUUACAUUACAUGACCAUACAUAUAUUAUUAGUGUAUACACUGUUCAAAGAUCUGCACACACCAGUGAAGUCAUAAGACUUGCUUUUCCCACAGUAAUCUCAAGUUUGCAGUGAUGAUACUACUGCAAGGGAUUCUGGGUGGGUAUAUAUAUAAAUUUUAUUUAUUUUGUUAAUUUUGCUUUACAGUUUUACUGCUAUGCCAUCAGCAUAGCAGUAAAUAGUUCAACUUUGGGUGCUGUAAACGGCCAUCUUCUAUUUCUUGGCUGCUCCAUCUAGUUUGGGGCACCUUGCAAUGUGUGGAAGGGUCUGCAAGUAAGUAUUUCUCUAAUACUUGAUGUGAACUUUGCUUCCACUCAAUUUGUGAAUAUCAGGUUCUCUUUUACUAUAUAUGGGUUGCAUAUCCUCCAAAAACUUCCUUUUGUAUGGAAAAUGGGAAAUGCUUAGAUUCUUGUGAGUUUAUGUGAUUUAAAAAAAAAACAAACAAAAAAACUCUCUUUUUCAUCCCAUCGUAUCUUUUCCUUCAGUAUUUCAAUUAUCUGUAUACCUACAAAAUGCCUGGCGACAUCAAGAACUGGGUUGAUGCUCACAUGAAUUGUGAAGAUAUUGCUAUGAACUUCCUAGUGGCCAACGUGACCGGAAAAGCUCCUAUAAAGGUGAGCUCCCAGCACUUUUUACUGCUUUGACAAUAUGAACUUUUCUUUCUUUCUUUCUUUUUUUUUUUUUUUUAAGCGAAUGCCACGUUUUGGGGUAUUUGCAUAUUUUGGGGUGACGCAGAGAUGAGGUGUAUUUUCCUGUUCCUGUCCCUCGCGGGUGUUGCUUUCUUCCUUCUUCAGAUCCUGACGCUUCAUCUGCCAGUGCUGUGUUCUUGCGCAUGCACAAGAGUACAACAUUGGUGCCUAUGGAACAUCCACGGGAACCUCAAUAGAUGUUGUUUUGCAGUACUUGACAGCGGUAGCUUUGCCUUUUGUCAAGUGUAGGAAAAAUACGUAAUACACAUUAACCCCACUUUGUUUUAUGACACAGUCAAUGUGAAUAUUUUAUAAAGAGUGAAUGAUGUGUGUAAACCUGCACCAAACAAUAAUUUCCCACUCCAUGAACGUUGUAGUAUGUAGUUCUUAAUAAAAUAUCAUGUUCAACAUUUUCGUGCCAUGCUGGAGCUUGUGUGCUAGUGAUUUUACAUCUGGUUUUAAACCAACUGACAAGAUACAUAACCGUAUCACCUAUUGCCCAACUCAUGUAAUAUUGCCCAACUCAGUUAAUAUCGUGUACGUCAGCCUGUCACCGUGUAAAGGAAAAAACCCUGAGGGCUUCUGGGAAUAUUCAAGAUGAACCAUUGUAAGACCAGUCCUGGGAGUAUAGUCAUCGGAUUGCCCUUUUUAGAAGGCCAUCUGUUUGCCUGAGGACAGCUGACUAGAGGAAUGUUAAUUAUAAAUUUCGCUCCCAGGGAAUGUUAAUUUAAAAGUGAUCUUGCAAUCAUCUUCUCCAAUCCACCAGCAUUAAUGGAGUAUCUUGGUGUAACCGGCCGUUCUUUGAUCCCAAGCCCUUCACACAUUCAUUUCCCGUGGUGUCAUCAGCAGCCGCUAUCAUGUGCCGCAGCUGAAUCCCUUCGCUUGUAAUCUGCCCAUCCUUUGGUAGUCCUGGGUCCGUGCCAGUUCUGUAACCGUGAUCACUGAAAAUGGUGUUAGGACCAUAUCUCUCUCAGUAUCUCUUCUCUCGGAUUAUCUCGUACUGCUGCUGGCAAGAGGGUAACACAACGUAUUUGCUUUGGUGGUUGAAGGUUACUGGGAAGCAGUGUUUAAGCAUGAAAACUCUGCAAGAACAAAUUAUGUUUACACAGGGACCUUGGCUGUGUGAAAAGUCAUUAAAAGGGAAUUAAAUGGGCUUGUCAUCACCAUCUCCAGUACAGAAAUAAAGAAGGGAUAGAUAACUGAAAGUGGAGUUGGCAAAUCCUUAGAAAUGUUUUUGUUGGGUCUCUACGGACUACCCAACUAGAGUAGCCUUUGAUGAAAGAACGAGCAAGCCUUGUGUUAUGUAAGAAAACAAAUAAAAAGUACUAUGUAAACAAUAUUAUAUAUACAUUUCUGCCCUUCCUUACACCUUAAUUUAUCCUUUCCACCUUUACAGGUAACUCCACGGAAGAAAUUUAAAUGUCCAGAGUGCACUGCGAUCGAUGGACUGUCACUGGAUCAGACGCACAUGGUAGAAAGGUGAGUAAUUUAUCUUCGUUAUGUUUUAUUUGCAAAGCUGCUGUGACUCUUACACUUGUGCCACAAAGUAGUGUUAUUGAAAAUCUAUUUAAAAAAAAAAAGAUUAUAAUAAAUAACUUAUAAACUCUCAGUUUUUAAUAUUAGAUGGACCAAGACACUGCAUGGCAAAAUAUGUUGGUGCUUUUUAAAUUCUAACGCAGCUGUAAAGCAGUCAAGCAAACUUCUUGUGUUCUUGUCAAAAAAUGACAAUGAAUCUUUCAGCACAGAGCCUUCCUUUAACUGAAAGCAGAUUGCGUGAUGUCGUUAAAGAAUAUAGCUCAUUAAAAUAUUGCAAAACACAGAAAUGGAUACACAGCACUCUUAAUCCUUAAAGGUAUCACACUUUAUUCAUUGAUAGUGCUUAUCCACUGUUGAUAUCAUUGCAGAAGAUGCAAAUUUCUAUCACAUUAACCCCUUGAGAACUUAUUGCCUGGCACAUGUUGCUUAAGGAAUUAAGUAAAUCCUGGUGUUUGGAUUAUGUUGGUGAUUUAAAAUUUGAUUAAUUAUAAUUUAUUAAUUGUGAACUUAUUCUGCAGCACUUUAUAAUUUUACAAAAGCUGAUAAAAUAGCAAAUGAGAGAAAAGCUAUGAAAAUUUUUAUUUAGAUUUGUGCAUCUGUGUAUAAUUAUUCCUAUUAUUUAUAAAGCGCCAACAAAUUUCGCAGCGCUGUACAAUUUGUAGACCUACAAAUAAGUAUUUGUAAUCCGACAAGUUGGGCGCACAGGAACAGAGGGGGUCGAGGGCCCUGCUCAAUGAGCUUACAUUCUAGAGGGAGUUGGAGUAUAGUGAAACAAGAGGUGUAAGGGCAUACAUAAUUGUUUCACCCUCUGUCUUUCUAAGAGAAUCAUUCAGUGUGUCUGAACCAUGUCCUGUCUUUUUGUUUUACAAAUGAAGAUUGUUGGAUAACUGUUAGUGUCAGCUAUGAUGAAUUGACUGCCUUUAUGAAUCCUGUCCUCACUGCAAUUGGUUGUGUCAAUUAAUUGACACACGUCUUGGAAUUGGAACGAGUUUGAAAUAAGACUAGGUGUCACAGAAAUAGAAGAUUCUCGUGUAGUACUGUACUGUAUGCGUAAAGACUAACCCUUAUGUUGCUCAUUGUUAGUCAUUUCCCACUUAAAUGGCCAGUUUUUUUCCAAAUGGCUGUGUGUUAUGGAGGCCUUCAUCUCCAUAUUCCCAAGUUUCCGGCAUCCAAGGCUUAUCUUCAGUUUGGGGUCGAGCGCUGAUUGCCUUUCUGAUUCCCUGUCAUGCUCACACAGCGCCUGGAAUGGCAGGAAUUUCCAGGGGAGGAAUUAAAGGCAGACAGGAGGGUAGAUGGUGUUUCUCCUGCAUCUCUCUGCUCCAGCUCUCUUUGCUUUUGAAGUCAAUGUUAACCCUUUUUCUUUGCAGCUCAGUCUGCCACAUCAGUCAGAUUCGCACAGUUCUACUGUUAUCCCCUUACACUUUACAUCAGUUUAUGCUGAAUGAAAAUGUGAUGUUAGUUGAGUAUUUUAUUUUUUAUGUACAUUUUGCAACCUUUUUUUGUACUGUGCUGCAGAAUAUGUGGGUGCGUUAUAAAUGCCAGUACAAAAUAAAUAUAAAUUUGACACCUGCAUUAACUUUGCAAAUAAAAUAUAAUGCGCUAAACAGUACAUAAUUAUAAAAACUAGAACAAUACAGACAAAUGAGAAAUAUAUAUGAAUAUGUCAAUAGUAGAUAUGCUGUGUAAGCAGUGACACUGUUGAAGUUGCUGGCAAUUAAGGUGACAUUGCUAUUAGGAAGAAGAAAGAAUAAUGUAUGCUUGAGUGUAACUAGAGCUCAGGCUUUUAAUGAGGCUAUUAUGUAAGUGUGAACUGCUGUACGGCGGGGAAUGUGGCCCUAGCAGAAGUAACCUUCUUCCCUCCAACCUUAAAAUGGUUCUUCUAUCCUGUUCCAAACUUAACUUUUACAAAGUGGUUUGAACACUUUCCCCCAGUGCAGGCACCUGUGACUCUUUGAUUAGAAUAUUGGGAGUUCUAAGUCAUCCCAGGAGGCUACAGUGUUGUGUUCCUUAUUUUAAUACAGACUGGUGGAAGGAUCCUGUCCUCUGAAUUCAGCCGUGCAUGUUACCUUCUCUUACAGCUUGGUGUCUUGCUAAAGGCAUCCAGCUCUUAUAAGAUUGCAACUCUCGCAAGUCUCUGCCAGACUUUGAGAGUUAUAGUAAUCCUACAGCUGGGGGACUGAAAUUGGUCAGCCAGCAUGGAAUAAAUGCUGAGGCAGGCAUGCCUGUGGUUGUUCUCGUACCCCAGUCCAUACCCGUAGCUCUGUUUCGUCCCGCUGCAUGCUUUUUAUUACAAGGAUUGUUCUGGCUGUCGUGCUCCUGCAAACUCCCGAAUUCUUGCACCCCAGGAGUUAGUCACUGAGCAAUGAGACACAGAGCAGCCUGUGACCUCAUGUUCUGCAUGUGGGCUCGAGUUGUCAUGUCUGUAGAGUUAUGUUCUCUCCCUUCUAUUCUUGAGAGAGUAGCUGCGUGCUGAACAAGACAGAUCUCCUGCGGGUAGGAACAUGUGAAUAUUAGCAGAGGAAAGAGAGGGCCUGUGAAUGGUUGGCCUGGAACAUUGCAGUGCUCUAAGUGAGGCAAGAGUGUCUGAAAGGAAUGGCUUCUCCUCCUGCAAAGACAAGGCUGUUCGUGUAAGCGAAUGUCUCUAAUAAGAGAAUCCGCAAAGAGCCCGGUACAUAUCGUUGACAUUUGUUUACAAUGUAUUCUCUGAUUGCACUGUGCUGUUCACUAGGAAAAGCGUAUACAUUUGUAACUUUCUGAAACAAAUAAUACCUGCUUACAAGCCCCCUAAAGAUGUUGUUGGUACCCCACAGAGGCUUUUCUAGAAGGUUAAACUCAUCAAGAGUUCAGGUAUGUGAUUUUACAACUGCCCUCCCAAGACAGGAUCUAAAACGCAUGAGUGAAUUUAGUAUCUUAGCUGUAAAUGGCUGGAGCAUACUUAGCACUGUAGGCACACUCUCACUUUAAACAUCCACAUAAAUGAUGUUUCUGACAAAACAUGUUAACACUUUUGUUGCAGUAGGACUUUGCUACUGCAUAUUGCGACCAUAAUCCCCUUUUUGUCAUAUGUGAGCUCAAUAAAGACUCAGAUAUACUCAGUGGAGUUUUUUUUUUUUUUCCCUACCCGUUUUAUUAUCAGCAAAAAUUGGUAAUAGUGUUAAGGUUAAAAACUGAUUCUGACUUAUAGGUUUUUCCUUAAAAAGUUUACUAAUAUGAUGGUACUUGAAACGUAAUGGGCAUACGAACUGUGAUGUAUCUAUGAUCUGCAUUGUCGAAAAUAUGUCAGGAACCUGUUGACUAUGCGUAAUAUGUACAUGCUCCCCCCCCCCCUCUUUUUAUUUCUGUACCCCUCUUAAGUUGAUACGUAAUAUCACAAGAAACCAAUAAAAAUUUUAGACAAUGAAAAAAAAAAAGUUUACUAAACUUAAAAUUGCAGGGGGGAAAAGCCUGAUCCUUAUCGGAGAUUUCCUUCAAAAAUGCUGAAAUUCACUAUGGCUCCAUCAUAUCCCAGUUUCCCUGUAUAUCAUUCCGAUGUAUCACAUAACAGAUAAUUAACAUAUGCAACAUAAUUUAUCAUUUAAUGAAACAAGUGAGAAUAAACCAUAAUUAAUAUUCUAAAGGAAAACCAGCUAAAAGUUAAUAAAAGGGGCAUUUUAUAAAGCAUUCAUAAACCAUAGGAUUGGGAUUCGGGGUGUUUAAUAUUUAAGUAUUGACGAACUGGCAGUUUGUUACUAUUAAUUUUCCGCAGUUUAAAAUCUCUGAAUUCAGGGAGAGUUUUUGGUUCUUACUUUGCGUGUGUUUGUGUUGUUUUUUUUUUUAUAUAUAUACAUUUUUUUAUUAUACUGUAUGGAUGAAUGACACGUUUUACUUUUCCCCAAAUCAGGUCUGAAUGCAUUAACAAGUUUGCUACGGUUUUUGGCACAAUGCCCUUGAAGGUGGUGGAGCAUCGAGCAGAUCCUGUACUGUACAAAGAUGACUUCCCGGAAAAGCUAAAAAGCUUCCCAAACAUCGGCAGCUUGUGACAUCUAAGAGGGAUAUCAGUCACUCAGCUUCCUGGAUACUAAUUCUGUCUUGAUGAUAUGGUGCUCCUGGCGACAUCCCGUUCACACGCAGGGGACUUAAAUUAUUUCAUAAUGUCUAAACUUUCAGCUUGUCGUUCAUUUUUUUUAUCUUCUGUUUUAUUAUUGCUGCCCAAAUGCAUUACUCUAAACAAUUCCCAAGCUUUAACACGAGCCACAUCACCCUGGAACUAAUCUGAACCACACGUGCGUUAACCUGCUUUAUAUUUCAAUCAUUUUGCUCAAAACCUAGUAUCUAUCUAUCUGGUUUUACCGUGAAAUUGACAAUCCAGAGUGAACAGUAUAUUUAACGGUUGCAGACAGUAAUAUUUAUAUAAUCAUGGACCUAAUAUUGGUUGUCCCUCUGUCAUUGCAACAAUUUGUAGAACUGAUCUCCUAAUGUAUCCAAACUGUAACUUCUUUUUGUUGUCAGUCUGCAACUCCCAUGAGCCUCAGCAAUUCUGAUGCAGAGCAUCAUGGGGUUUGUGAGUUUCACAACAGCUGGAUAUCAUCCAUGUUGCGUGUUGGCAGCUCCAGUCCACGUAUUUCAAAACAUUUUGUAUGUGCUUAAGUUCAUUUCGUUCUGUGCUUUCAUUACUCAUGUUUUGUUUUAUUUUUGUUUUUUUAAAUGUAUUUUAUUGAUUUGAUUACAGAUAGGUUGCAUAUUACAUUUUUUGUUGUAUCAUUUUGUUUUUAACUUGUGUUAUACUGACUAACCUGUCUUUCAAGCCUGCCUGCGUAUUUUGUGUUUUCUAAACUGUUACUUACACAAUGUUUAAAUGUAAACAAUCUAUAGUAUAAUCAAGUACGUCCUCCUCAAGUCUUUAAUAGAACAGGCUGUUAAAAACAGUUUUUCCAAUGCUUGUUUGAGGAUACUUUCUCUGUUGCAUUUUCCAGCAAUUUAAAGGAAUUCUAAUGAACUGGCGGUGCUUCUACAAGAAUUGUAUCGCUCAGUGUGGGGGGAUCUAUAAGUAUAAAACCUGUCCUUUGCCUAUGUAUCUGUGAUGGGAGUAAUGAUACUGUAAUAGGUAGCAGUGACAGUAUUCUAUUGAACAUUGAAAACCUGAACAUAAUCUGUCAUUGUACUCCCAUCUUGAUGAGCCUCCUGGGACCCAGACUUCAUACAGUCCUGAAUCCUGGCUCUGUAAUGUCCUUAUGUUGACAUGUUUUCUCUCACCAUGUUUGAAAUGUCUACAGACUGACAGAGAAUCAUGGGAAAUGUAGUUCACUAAUCUCUUGGGAGCCUGGUUUAGCCACCACUGCUCUAAACCUAUUAAUAAUGGUUGAUCCCUAUGUUUAUGUAUGUGAACAUGAGAUCUUUUUUUAAUUUUAUUUUUUUAUAUGUGACACGACUUGAAGACACUGCCUGACGUACACUGAAUUUUAUGAGCUGCUGAUAUGAAUUUGGUUAGUUAAUCACUACUUGGAUUUCAAAGGAACUGCUUUGAUUAUUUCACUGAUUUCAUAUCCAUAGCCCUACCCAUCAGAACGCAGGAAUUAUGUGUCCUACAACCAAUGUUAGCACUAGCGACUUACUAUAUAAUUUCAAUACGCCCUCUUCUUAUUUCCUUGUAACGUUCCAUCAUUUACGUUAAAAUUACACUUCUGUUACGGACGGUUUGAAGGACACUUCCACAAAGUCUGGUUGUGGUAUCGAUCACAGCAGCCGACAUGCUUAUUUUCUGCCAUAAUUCUUCUAUAUAAUUAAAGUACUUGGGAAUGUUUAGAGUUUAUUGUUGUAACGGUGACCAUGUGAAGCUGCAAGGUGUCAUCCUGAAUUUUAAAACAUGUUCCAGGUUUUGUAAGUCAGUGGCCAUCUUAUGACAACUUACCUUUUAGUAUGUAAACAUCUGACUUUCAUUACCAGCUGCUGUUGUAUCACAAAGUAAGGUAGUCUGUCAAGGUUGGAGACCCCUGAUUUUAAAGAAUUACCCUCUAUUUUCCUACUCUACUUUUAUAAUUAAUGGUUGAGAUUUCCAGACCAUGGCUAAUCCAGCUCACUAUCCCCUACUUGGAGCGAACAUCACCUAACCCGUUGCGAGCCCCCCCUCCCUUCUUACGGUUUAACUAUUGAGGUGAAGGAUAGUGUCAGCAACGUUUAUUUCACCCUCAUUCUGAAUCCUAAAUUCUGCACCAAUUUUAAAACAGACGGCAAAAAUGUUACAAGAAGCAGGCAGUUUGGUGUAGAGAAUGCUGGGAAAUCUGAUAUUUUGGGUACAUGAGACCAGUAAUGCAUCAGGAAUAGCAUUUUUAGAAAUAUAUUUUAAAAAAAUGCAAACUAUAUUUUAUAUGUUAACAUUUUUGGGGGUUUUUUGGUUUGUUGCUCAUCUGCUUAAUAAAAAAAGGUAAUGUAUUAAACGGUUCAAGAAGCAGAUUGUGUAUAGAUGGAAUUUUAAACAUUAUUUUUUUAACACUAAAAGAUCACAUUUAUUCUGUUGUAACAUGCAAUGUGUACUACUGUUUGUCUGUGAAAUAAAUUUAGAAAAAUGUAGUCAUCCACAAUGAAAAAUUGAUUAAUCGCUAAACAGUCAAUUGAUGACCUCAAAAGGAAAGUCAGGCAUACAAGCCAACCCUCUUUUGGUCUGAAUGUUAUGAUUGCACCAUACAUUGUUGUUUAGUGAAUAAACCCCAAGAUCAUGUGCAUUCUUUGCAACUUUUAGAUAAUGUCGGAAUUCUUUAACCCAGGUGUGUCCAAAAGGUAGAUUCCCAGAUGUUUUAAAACUCCAGCUUCCAUGAAGCUUUGUCAUUCUAAAGGCAUGCAAAACAUCAUGGGUUUUGUAGUUUUACAACAUCUGGGGAUCUACCUUUUGGGCACCCCUGUUUUAACCCUAUCACCUCCAGAAAAGACAGUUGCAGAGGAGGUUGCAAUUCCAACAAUAGGCCUACAACAGUUAAUGAACAGAUCUCAUGUGAAGCUUUGCAGAUUGCUCUACAGCUGCUUGAAGGCUAACAGUGGACUAACAUUUGCAAAGUUUUGUAGUUUUAUUGCAUCUAAAGUGCUACAUGAGGGCUGACACCAAACUUUUAGGGUCAAUGGGUGCAUACUGUGUAAUGUAGUUUGGCAAUUCCUUGUAUGUAUCACUGGGUGUGUUCAUGCCGUUUGCUGUCUAUUGUACUAUAUUGAUCAUGUAAGGGAUAUAUACCCCCUGUUUACAAUAAAUGGAAACCAAAAUGCAGUGGAAAAAGACUCAAAAUGUUACCACUACUGGAAAUAAAUUCUAAGAAUUUUAAACAUUUA